CUUUCACGCGUUCUCUUUCUUUCUCUCUCUCGGUUUUUAUAAAACAUGUUGCACCAAGGGAUUGCAAAAUUACCCAUUCUGAAGAUUCCACCCGCAGUUGACGUUUCCCCAAGCACUUUUGUAUCAUUCACUCCCGCUUCAGUGUUGGGUAUGGACGAACUUCCUCUUAAGAGCGCGUUGCUCUGACUGGAGACUAUCUCCGAUUGAUCACAAUUGGUACGUCCUCGGCUACGCUUUUGUCUACGCUCAUGGUGGACAGGAUUAGCAGGGAUUAAUUCGAGAUUAAGGUAAGGUUCCACUUGGCCACUUAUUCUUUCAAAAAUAUCGGCGUUCACUUGUCCGCGAGUUGGAGUUUUUAUGGUAAUAGUUUAUACACAAAGUCAAAUUUGGAAUGGAUUGUAAUAAAAAUUCUUGUAUUUUUUAUUUUUUUUUUAUCGAUUAGAAAUAUUGUGAUUGCAGCUUUUAAAGAUGUCUGUUCUAAUCCAAUCCACUCAUAGCUGUUUUCUGUUAUUAAAAAUAUAUAUUUUAACCACAUUUUGCAAAGAAUGGGCAGAGAUCAAAUGAAAACAAAGGUAUUUCCAAUGUUAAAAAAAUUGAUCCAUUUACGGCUUACGUCACGGCUUAAUAAAUGAUUGUUUCUCAGUUAUUUUCUGUAGCAAGUGGGAUGGUUUUAUAAGCAUGGGCUCAAAUUUACUCUACACAUGUGUUCAUGCUGAAGUAAGUAAGCCGUGUUUGUUAUUGGUAUAACGUUGUCAGCUUCCCUGGAUUGUGUAUGCGACUGUAGGCGAUGUCAUUAGUACACACAAAACAAACAUUGUAAUGCACGGAAGAGAUUAAUGACUUAAGUUGUCGCUUAUGUAUUUUUACCCAAAUUAUUGGCGUCUUUCUCCCAAUAAUGUUCUUGUCUUCUCACCCAACUCGCUCAUGUCUUCUCACCCAACUAGCUCAUGUCUUUUACCCAACUUAUUGGUGCCAUUCACCCAACUCGCUCAUGUCUUUUACCCAACUUAUUGGUGCCAUUCACCCAACUCGCUCAUGUCUUUUACCCAACUUAUUGGUGCCAUUCACCCAACUUGCUCAUGUCUUUUACCCAACUUAUUGGUGCCAUUCUCCAAACUCGCUCAUGUCUUUUACCCAACUUAAUGGUGUCUUUCUUUACUUUAUCAUUGUUCUCAUCCAACCCUUUCCCCUCUACCCCCCAACCAACCCUUAAAAUAUUUUCAAAUAUUAAAGUUUCUUUUUUUCUUUCGCCAUGCUGACAAAAAGAUUAUCUGAAAACUGCCCAUCAACCUACUCUCAGUCCACUGACUAAUGCUACAUUUUCACCACAACUCACCACCAUACUCACAUUCCACUGACUAAUACUACAUUCUGACUAUGGCCCAUCACCCUACUCUGACUCCACUGACUAAUGGUGCAUAUCGUGCACAACCUCACACCCAGUCAUACCUUCCUGUAACUUUCUCAGCUCUCACCCCCACCCCCACACAUCCUACCCACACACAUAUCGCACACAAAGCCUUCAAACUUCUGAAUCGUUUCUCCUGUCUUUCCCUCCCCACCUCCCAGAUGCAGUUCUCCAAUUUCGCUUACCCCUCCUCCUCUCUCCCCCCCCUCCCCCGCCCAAUAUUCUAGCCCCUUCUCCUAACUUUUUUUCCCGAUCACGGGCAUGCGUGUACCUGCCUAUGAACUGAGACAGAACUACGGGCACACACGUAAUAUUGCCUGACUUUGGGUGAGCUACAGUCUAUAUCCUGUCUUGGACCACAAUAUUGCCUGACUCUGGGUGAGCUACAGUCUAUAUCCUGUCUUGGACCACAAUACGUUGGAAAGACAAAGGAAAAAACGAUCAAGUUGAUUGAAAUUUUAAUGUUUUAGGGUGACACACUAUUGGGUUGGGAAAUAUCAGCCAUCUUCUCUCUCUCUCUCUCUCCCUCUCUCUCUCUCUCUCUCCCUCUCUCUCUCUCUCUCUCUCACUCUCCUCUUUUCUCUCUUUAUCUCUCUUUCUAUAUCUUUCUCUCACUCCCCUCCUCUUCCUCUCUUUCGCUAUUGUUCCCUGCCUCCCUUUACUCCCUCUUCUCUCUCUCUUUCUAUUCCUUUCUUUUUCUGUCUUUUUCUCACUAUCUCUCUCUCUCACUUUCUCUCUCUAUCUCUCUAUCUCACUCUCUCUCUCUCCUCUUUCUCACUCUCUUCCUAUCCUUACCCUCAAUCUCUCUCUCUUCUCUCUCUUUUUCUUGUUCUCCCCCUCUCUUUCCCUCUCUCUCUCCACCUCACUCUCACCCUCUAUCCCUCCUUUUCCCUCUAACCCUCGCUAUCUCUUCUCUGCCCUCCAUCUCAAGCUCUCUCCUUCUCUUUCUCCCUCUCUCUAUCCCCUAUCACUUCCUCUCACUCUCUCACUCUCUGUUCCUCACUCUCUCUUUCUCUCUCGUAUUUCGUUUAUCUCUACAGGAAAGCUAUCACACAAAGAUCACGUGCAGAUUUCAUCACCUCGUUAUGUCACGACAUUAUUCGCAAGUCUGAUAUCAAAUAUUUGAUAAAAUCAAUCAAUAAAAAAGACGUACUGAUACAACAUCGUCAUUUUGAUAAAACACGUGAUAUUAAUUGAUCUAUCUCUGCUAUUAUUGAUUAAAGGCAAAAUAUGAAGAUAGUGUAACAACCUUUUGACCAUAGCGACCUUUCGAUGUACGAGUUGUUCCCCAUGAUUUGUGUCAUAACAUAGAGCCACCUUGUCCUAUCAAAGUUCUUUCACCAUUGCAUAUUGGUCCAAUCAUUGCCCCACACAGCACGUUAAUCAUAAUUCUGCGUUAAAACUAAGAGUUUUUUUCCUUGGUCCUUAACACGAACUGCCCGUCUACACAGAAAUUAUGCCAUGAUGCACAUCAAAUUAAGACUUGCUGGCAUCUUCGAAUGUCAGCACUCACUCUUCUCAUCAAGAUUAUCCAAUAGACUAAAGAGUUCAUCAAUUUACUAAGUGUUUUCUCCGGUUGCAGUUGCAGCAUAAUUCCUGUACAUACUAUUUUUAAAUCAUAUAUUCUGUUGUAGGCACUUAGUUGCUUUGUUGUAUUUAGUCCUACUGUUGCUUUGUCGUAUAUAGUCCUACUGUUGCUUUGUCGUAUAUAGUCCUACUGUUGCUUUGUCGUAUAAAGUCCUACUUUCGCUCCUUGUAUGUAGGCCUACUCUUUCUUUCUCGUAUAUAGUCCUACUGUUGCUUUGUCGUAUAUAGUCCUAAUGUCAAUGUGUUGUAUAUAGUCCUACUCUUUCUUUGUCAUAUAUAGUCCUACUUUUGCUUUGUCGUAUAAAGUCCUACUUUCGCUUCUUGUAUGUAGGCCUACUUUUUCUUUGUUGUAUGUGGCUCUACUGUUGCUUUGUCGUAUAUAGUCACUAUUUUAUCACUGUGACACACCAUACGUACUUUAGUUACAUUAAACUGAAACAAUUUACCUCACUAAUAUAGUGAGCUAAGAUCAACAAUUAACGCAUUUUUCAGAACUCAAACAAUAUGGUACCUCCAAAUUGUGAUGAAUAUAAUAGCUGGCCUGUGGAUGACGCACGGUUUUUCAGUUCCGCUUGACUCCGAAAAUCCUGUUUGUUUUUUCCAACUCGAUUACAUUAUGUUCGGUAGAGCUAAUUAAACAGACCAAAUAAUAUAAUUUUUUUUUUUAAAAAAUAACGUACUUUAGUUUACUUUAUUUUAACUCAUUGUAUCGUCAUCCAAUCCAUGUUUACAUAUUCUAACCAUGGUUGCGACCAAUGACGUCAUUAAACCCUUCUUUUUAGCAUUGACGUCAACAAACAUGUCUGCCACCCAUAAUUUGAAAGCGGGACAACCUCAUGUUCUCUUUUCUUUCUCAAAAUAAAACUUUUUUUUCUUUUAUUUUACUUUUCUAAACGUUCCUACCCGAAAUCAAACGUGAUUUUUGGAGCUUCUAUUUUCUUAAUGAUUGUUCAACAUACUAAAUUAAUUGCAGAGCACUGUAAUUCGUCCGAAGUCUCACUGUUAUUUCCCUUUGAGUACCCCCAAAGUGCCAGCGACAGAAGUCAUUAUCUUAUUAGUUUUGCCUCAAUCUUUGUCAUUAUGAACUGAUGGGUCGUUUGAACAUUACUUUAAUGAAAUAUAAUUGACACUUACAUAGGUGGUUACAGCAAAGCGAUGCAUAAAAAAUAUUACAUUCAUGUUCUAAAAGUAAAAAUUAUAUAGAAUGUAUAUAUAUUAUACAUCUGCCAUUUAAAAAUCAAUGACGUCAGGAAUAUUACCAAAAAAACUUGUUCUUGUGCACAUUGAUCGGGCUAAAAAGAUAUGUUAAUCAUUAUAGACAUUUUUUUUAAAUUGUAGCUCAACUAUGAACGUACCAUAUAACUUUUCUUGUAACGUUUAAAUUCAGUCGCCCUUGUCACCAAUUAUAAUCGACUCUGCAUGUAACACCAAAUUACCUUAAACACCAUCUUUAAGACUGCGCUUUCGUGAUUUUAAAACACAAUCUCUUGAAAUAGAUAGUGUUCACAGCGGAAGAUUGACUUACAAGAACUGUCAAAACUUUUCACGCAUCACAGCUUUACUAAAACAAGAUUUACGAAAUGCGUGUCCGGACUCUCUGGCUAGAAUAAUAUUCAAUGGUAUUUCUAGUAAGUCAGACGUGUCAUGUCUAGAAAACUUGAGAAGUUUAUUCAAGUUUCUGGAAAGUAUUUUCCACUUUUUAAAAAAUAGUUUAUCAGAUAUUAUAUAUUUCAUUUUAAAAAAUCUGAGAACUAUGUUUAAUUUAAACAGCACUGAGUCUAGCCAAGAUUUCGUCAGCAUUCCAUGCUUUGAUUCACUGUACGUCUUGUUUGUAUAUGUCGUGUGGCCGACCCUAACGGCAGUUGGAGUAGUGACCAAUCUAAUCAACAUCAUCGUAUUUGGGAAAAUGGGUGUCCGCGACAGUGUGGCCAUUUCCUUCGUGUCACUCUCCGUGUCCAACUUCGGCUUCCUGGCGAUCUCGUUCGGACAUUCCAUAUGCGGGGCGUUGGUGCGAUAUCCGGGCACCCUGGCCAUUGACCCCUACAGCUUGUUAAUGGUGCUGUAUUGGUACUCGUAUGCCUUCUACGAUGUCACCGUCCUGAUGACUGCCUUCAUAGCCGUAGCUCGAUGUUGCUGUGUAUCAAUGCCACUGUAUUUCAAAGGAGUGUUCAGCAAUGUUCGAACAAUUAUCAUAAUCGUUCUUAUAUUUGGGGGCAUCAUUCUCAUUCGCUUGCCCAUGUUGAUGGUUCAAAGGUUAUCUUGGGUUCUAGAUCCCAUGAACAACAGUUCUCGUCUCGUUCUGACCGUGGUUGGAGAUCGGAAACUUGCUGUGAAUAUCAACGACAUCUUCAACAGAAAUAUCCUCCCGUGGUCUUCAAUUGUGGUUGUCAUCAUGUGUACGAUCAGACUCGCGAAAGCUCUAAUCGAUUCUUCCAAAUUUCGGCAAUCGAAUCUUCCCGGUUAUGAGACUAAACUCAACAUAUCCGUCAAAAAUGUAAAAGUCAUCAAGUCGGUCAUCUUGGUGUCCGUCAUAUUUGUGGCCCAGGCCAUUCCAACGGCGUGCCAUGGGGUAGCCAGGGCCGUAGUUCCCCAGUACACGGACACGGGCCGCUAUGGGGAUGUCUAUUCUCUGAUCAGUUUCAUCACCAACAGUGCUUGUUACUUGCACGCCUCGGUCAGCAUCGGCAUCUACUACACAUACAACACCAGAUACCACGUGACCUUGCAUCACAUUUGUGCUUACAAUGACCAUGACACAUUAGGCUCCACUACAAAAACAACACGAGUUACCAUGUGACCUGGGGACUCACACGUGCUUACAAUGACCACUACACACUGGAAUCUAUUACACAGACUUCACAAGCAACAUCAGGACCUAACUCUCUAUGUUCUCACAGUAAACAUGAAACUGGUCAAUGCCUCUUUGAAUUCUAUCUUUACCUUAAAACCGUGCUCCAAGGUCGACUUAGAAAACUCCUAGACCAGGGGUUCUAAAACUCGCGGCUCACAGGCCAUUUGCGGCCCGAAAGACAAUAUUUUGCGGCCCGCUACAUGGCAGCAAAGUUUAAGUGUUAAAGCAGCCCGCGAGUUGUCCCCAUUCUCAUGUCAAAGUUCAGGGCAAAAAUGACUGAUGAGCAUCUUCGAGAUAAACUGAGGGUCUUAGUGGCUACCUCACUCAAGCCAAUGUUGCUCAGCCGUGUAAGAAGAAGCUCUGCCAGCUCUGGCAACAAGGAGUAGGAGGAAGAAAGUGAAACCUAGUUUUGAGAACCCUUAAAGUUUUAUUUUGUUAUUAAUAAAAGUUGAGCAGAUUGUUCCAGUUGUACUUUAUUGAAUUUGCAAUCGCUCUUUGUGUGGAAUACUUGAUGCGGCCCAGUCUAACUCAGACUCUACCUCCUGCGGCCCCCGGAUGAUUUGAGGACCCCUGUCCUAGACUAUGAACUUGUAAGAAAUAUGGUAAACCUAAGGGUCUUCCCAUAAAAAUUGAUUCUUAAAAGGCUUUGGAAUAUAAACAGGUUUUGGAACCUCUGCAUUAGACAGAUAACGAGUUAUAAGAAUCGUCUUUGUUCGAAACACAUGAAACCAAAAAAAAGAUAACAAUCCUCGCGCUACAUUCCUUUCGUUACAAUCCUCACGCUACAUUCCUUUCGUUACAAUCCUCACGCUACAUUCCUUUCGUUACAAUCCUCCCGCUACAUUCCUUUCAUUACAAUCCUCGUGCUACAUUCCUUUCGUUACAAUCCUCGUGCUACAUUCCUUUCGUUACAAUCAUCACGCUACAUUCCUUUCAUUACAAUCCUCGUGCUACAUUCCUUUCUAUACAAUCCUCGUGCUACAUUCCUUUCGUUACAAUCCUCGUGCUACAUUCCUUUCGUUACAAUCCUCGUGCUACAUUCCUUUCGUUACAAUCCUCACGCUACAUUCCUUUCGUUACAAUCCUCGUGCUACAUUCCUUUCGUUACAAUCCUCGUGCUACAUUCCUUUCGUUACAAUCCUCACGCUACAUUCCUUUCUAUACAAUCCUCGUGCUACAUUCCUUUCGUUACAAUCCUCACGCUACAUUCCUUUCUAUACAAUCCUCGUGCUACAUUCCUUUCGUUACAAUCCUCGCGCUACAUUCCUUUCGUUACAAUCCUCGUGCUACAUUCCUUUCGUUACAAUCCUCGUGCUACAUUCCUUUCGUUACAAUCCUCCCGCUACAUUCCUUUCAUUACAAUCCUCGUGCUACAUUCCUUUCUAUACAAUCCUCACGCUACAUUCCUUUCUAUACAAUCCUCGUGCUACAUUCCUUUCGUUACAAUCCUCGCGCUACAUUCCUUUCGUUACAAUCCUCGUGCUACAUUCCUUUCUAUACAAUCCUCGUGCUACAUUCCUUUCGUUACAAUCCUCGUGCUACAUUCCUUUCGUUACAAUCCUCGUGCUACAUUCCUUUCGUUACAAUCCUCACGCUACAUUCCUUUCGUUACAAUCCUCGUGCUACAUUCCUUUCGUUACAAUCCUCGUGCUACAUUCCUUUCGUUACAAUCCUCACGCUACAUUCCUUUCUAUACAAUCCUCGUGCUACAUUCAUUUCGUUACAAUCCUCGUGCUACAUUCCUUUCGUUACAAUCCUCGUGCUACAUUCCUUUCGUUAGAAUCCUUGCGUUACAGUCCUUGGGUUACAAUCCUUGCGUUACAAUCAUUACGUUAUGACAACUGAGUUACCUUCACUGCAUUACAAUGACCGAGUUACGCCAAUGGAGUUAUAAUCCUUUCGUUAUAAUCCUUGCGUUACAAUCAUUGCUUUACAAUCAUUGUGUUUCAAUAAUUUAAUUACAAUAAUUGCGUUGCAAUCCCUGUGUUACAACCAUUGCGUUACAAUCAUUGUGUAACAAUCAUUUUAUUACAAUCAUAGUGUAACAAUACUUGGUUUACAAACAUUGCGUUACAAUCCUUGCAUUACGACAACAUGGUUAUAAUCAUUGAGUUACAAUCAUUUCAUUACAUCAUUUCGUUACAAUUCUUGUGUUACAAUCCUUGCAUUUCAAUCAUUGAGUAACAAUGAUUGCGUUACGAUCCUUUCAUUACAAUUAUUGCGCUACAAUCCUUGUGUUAACAUCCUUGCGUUACAAUCAUUGUGUUACAAUUCAUGCAUUUCGACAACUAAGUUACAAUCAUUGCGUUACAAUCAUUGUUACGUCCAUUGAAUUACGUUAUUGCGCUAGAACUUUAAGUUACAUUAAGACUCCUGCAGGUAGUAAUGUAUCAUACAAAACUGUUGUUAAAGAAUAGAUAAUUAAAUUGACAAAUUGAAGGUAGGCGAAAAUCCAGCUGGAUAACAUAAUUCAUGUUAUUAUUUUUAUGUUGAAACGUACAAUGUCCUCAAAUAGUAUAGUUACGUUGCCUGACCUCAACAUUUCACUUACACUUGUGUUCACAUUCACCGUCUAACUUAAUGCCACAUUUGUUGUGCUCACCAACAGAUAGCGAUAGUUUUUCCAUUUGUUUGUUUGAGCCUUUGUGUGACAUAUUGUGAGUGGACAAUUGUUCUGGUGGUCACGUGUCUGUGCUAACCCCUCCUAUCACUCUGACCGCAGUUGACCUCGGUUGGGAGAAUUGGGGCUGCUUUUAGGAGAAUCAUGUCUUUUAUAGUUAAGUAACUAUUUCAGGAAACUCCCCCCCCCCCUUUCCCCCGAAAAUAGAAAAGACGGUGGCCAAAAGACAGGGACUCCUAUCACUCUGACCGCAGUUGACCUCGGUUGGGAGAAUUGGGGCUGCUUUUAGGAGAAUCAUGUCUUUUAUAGUUAAGUAACUAUUUCAGGAAACUCCCCCCCCCUUUCCCCCGAAAAUAGAAAAGACGGUGGACAAAAGACAGGGUCUUACUUUCUCUGGAGAGUUUCCUUAGAUCUCUUGCAUGGCGACAUUUCGAGACAAUAUUUUGUGCUUCAAGUGUGCUAUUAAGAAUAUUUCUUUCUAGAGACAUUUUUCUAUCAUUCUUGAAUUGCACUCAAAGAUUGUAAUUCGCGUACAGAAUUUUUUUUAUACAGUUGAGUUUUGUGUCUGUAUAAAAAGUAAUAUAAUUAAUAUAUAAAUAUAUAUUUUUAAAAUAUUUGUUUCCCUGUUUUAGUAUCGUUUUUUUAAUUAUACUGAUGUUCAGUCAUUUGUUACAUUUUGUUUUUAUAAGGAGCCUUUUUAAAACUAGCGAAAUUUGGUAAAUCUUUUAACAGUAAUUAACAGUAUAUUUUUUUUCUCAUCAUCUUGCUUUGUUUUUAACACAUUUUGGUAUCGUUUUGGACAAAAAUGUUUCAGUAUACAUGGCAAGGUGUUUUCAUUUUAAUCAAAGGCGAUUAACAACUUUAUAGCGUUGUUCAGGAAAGUAUCAACUACUAGGUCUUAAACCGGUGCAAUUUUUUUACACCGGGUCCCGGUGUUUUGAGAAAAUAACCGGUGGCUCCAAGUGUUUUAAAAAAAGAGUUGACUUCCCAUUUUCUAUAAUAUACAACGAAGUGUCGCAGUGAGAGUGUUUUGCCUUCGUCAACCGUUCGUGUCAAGAAAUACCCCACUGAUAGGAACAGGCAGUUGCCUCAUACCUGCAUAGAGUUGACGUACAAAACUCGGUCCACAGAAAAGAUACUGUCGUUCAUUUUAUAACAAAUACGAAAAAAAUGGUUGCAGUGUAACGCAAAGAGCAAUAUGUUCCUGUGCCAGGCUACGGAAAAGACUCACAGGCACACACAUGCCCCAAGUGAAAGGACGGCCUAUGACCCUGUCCUGUGUGGUGUUCAGCCACGGAAGAAAGAUGGGACUAUCAGUGAUAUUUAAACAAAAUAAAAUUCCUUUCUAAAGAAAAAAAAAAAAAACUAUUUACCUGAGUUCAGAAGCAUGGAACUCGCUGUGAGACAAAGGAGCAUGAACAAUAACAGCACCAAAUCGUCGCGCCCCCCUCCCCCAUACUCCUAACGAAACAGAAUUAACCUAUUCACCGGAGUUCAGACGUCACACAUGAAUGAAAAUAAAACAAAUGGAAUAGUUUGGAGAGGGUGAGGAGAAAGCAGGACGCACCAGAAUGAAAAUAUCAAGAAGAUAUUUUAUUUUAGCACGCAUGUAAGUAUUAUUACUUAUUAAAAAUACUUAAUCUCCAAAAAAAAUAUAUACAUAUUUUCUAGUAGCGUCAAAUUUUCGAAGACAGUCGUAAAUAUCAAUGUCGUAGCAUGAAAAACAUAACUUAAUCACCUGCCUCUGAAACAUAACUUAAUCACCUGCCUCUGAAACAUAACUUAAUCACCUGCCUCUGAAACAUAACUUAAUCACCUGCCUCUGAAACAUAACUUAAUCACCUGCCUCUGAAACAUAACUUAAUCACCUGCCUCUGAAACAUAACUUAAUCACCUGCCUCUAAAACAUAACUUAAUCACCUGCCUCUGAAAGCAACUGUCCAGAUGCUUCUUUUUGUUUGUUUGGCCCAUAUCCCGUUUUUAUAUGUAUUAAAAGUUCACCAAAACCUUGUACCACUUUGAUAGGAUGGCACACCCCCUGAAUGAAAUUCAAAUGGAGCUUUGUUCUUUUUUUUUUGGCAGCCCUAGUAUGCUGUGGGUUCUCUCCUUAUUUCAUCGAUCUUCCAGGUCGUGAUCAGACCAAAGAUGACACAUCCCGACCCACCCGUCAGAUUUAUCCAAACUGGCAGGAGACAAGAUUCGAAUUUGAUCAAACCAUAAGAGGCGAGAUGGUUCGAGUCUAGUCUAAGAGUCGUCAGUGACAUAUGUCAUGAUCUUUGACCUUUAAUCAAACUGAAAUGCGGGCACUGUUUGGGGUGGGGAGGGGUUGCAUAAUUAGGACUAUGCAAUUGGACCACAGAGUGGACCACGUGACUUAUCAAUCAGAACUCCGUGUUGUUGUUUUUUUUUUUUCUUUUUUGUUGUUGUUGCUGUUUUUGUUGUUGUAUUUUUGUUGUUGUUGUUUUUAUUGUUGUUGUUUUGUUGUUUUUUUGUUGUUGUUUUGGGUUGUUGUUGUUUUUUGUUGUAAUGUUUUGUUGUUUUUUGUUGUUGAUUUUUGUUGUAAUUUUUUGUUGUUUUUUGUUGUGGUUUUUUGUUGCAAUUUUUUGUUGUUGAUUUUUGUUGUAAUUUUUUGUUGUUUUUUGUUGUAAUUUUUUGUUGUUUUUUGUUUUUGUUUUUGUUUUUGUUUUUGGUUUUUGCUUUCUCACACGUGAUAUGCAGUACUGUGUGAAAUGUGGAUACUGUGUGUUAGGUGAAACUGUGUGAUAGGUGAUACUGUGUGACAGGUGAAACUGUGUGACAGGUGAUACUGUGUGAUAGGUCAGACUGUGUUUUAGGUGAUACUGUGUGAUAGGGGAUAUUGUGUGAUAAGGGAUAUUAUGUGAUUAGGUGAUACUAUACCAUAGAGAAAAUGUUGAACGUAUUCAAAACAUAAGUAGCUUUAUAUCAAAACAUAAGUAGCUUUAUAUCAAAACAUAAGUAGCUUUAUAUCAAAACAUAAGUAGCUUUAUAUCAAAACAUAAGUAGCUUUAUAUCAAAACAUAAGUAGCUUUAUUUCAUAACAGGCAGAACGGCGAAUGUUUUACUUUCCAUCGUCUGCUCAUCGAAUGAUCUACUACAUCACUUUUUUAUCGUCUGCUCAUCGAAUGAUCUACUACAUCACUUUUUUAUCGUCUGGUCAUCGAAUGAUCUACUACAUCACUUUUUUAUCGUCUGGUCAUCGAAUGAUCUACUACAUCACUUUUUUAUCGUCUGCCCGUUGAACGAUUUACAACCUGCAAAUUGGAAGGCGAUGCGCUUUCAUGACUGCGCAACCACGUGAUCCAUUUCCGCUCUCGCACUCAUUAAUCUCGGAACUCUCUUGUCCUGCCAUUAGCCAGCCCGCCCCACCUGUUUCCCUGGGUUACACGAGAGCUAAACUAUGCUCAGAGUCACGUGCGUAGAUAACCCAGGGGGAGGGAACCCCGCUUUUGAUCAUGAGACGUUUGGUUAUUUUCUUACGAACGAGUGAGCGCCGUGAAAGGGGCAGCAACCCUGACGUUUAUUGCUUUGUAAUGAACGAUGAAGUGACGUCCCUUGCUGACCCUAAACUAGGCUUCUGGUAAUAUUAACGGAGUUUGGUAGAGAAAAUAAAUGCUACAAUUUUAGUGAGUCUAAUAACAAAUGUGGCAAAGGUAUUGAAAAAUGAUUGAAUCUCCAGGUAAUACAAGACCAGAAUAGCUCACACAGUCAAAUUCCACAAGUCAACCAUUUAGUUGCUACAGACUGAAGCAUAGGUAACUCAAAACCAAUAUAACACCUAAACUGGAAUCCCCAGGAAACACACCAAAUAUAACUGAUACGGUCUAAAGACCAAGUAACAUACAAAAUAUAACCGCUGCAGUAUAAAGCUCAGGUAGCAUACCAAAUAUAAUUGCUACUGUCUAAAAGCCAGGUAACAUCACAAAUAUAACUGCUACAGUCUAAAAGCCAGGUAACAUACCAAAUAUAACUGCUACGGUCUAAAGACCAAGUAACAUACCAAAUAUAACCGUUGCAGUCUAAAGCUCAGGUAGCAUACCAAAUAUAAUUGCUACAGUAUAAAGCCGAGGUAACAUACUAAAUAUAACUGCUACAGUCUAAAAGCCAGGUCACCUCCCAAAUAUGACUGCUGCAGUCUAACGACCAGGUCACAUACCAAAUAUAUCUGCUCCAGAUAGAAGCCAAGGUAACACAAACCAAUGUCAGUUCUGAGACCCCUAAAUCUCUCCAUUUUCUCGCACGUGCCUGGCACUCAACAUGUCAUAAUAUGUUGACAAACGCUGAUGAAUUUCCAGCACCUGGCUCAACAGGAGAUAUCCAUGGACAGAGAAUAAUUUUGAGCGAUAUGUAAGUAAACAUUUAUGUCGACAUUCUCAGAUAAGACAGCUGUCUGUACUUGUCUCUGAAUUGUAAGUUUCAUGAAAGAUUGGGAUUUGGUUGACUGGACACUGUAAUGGUUUUAUUGACGUUUGAUAAAAGAGAAAAUGAAGCGUGGCUUUGGGAAAAUCCGGUAUUAAUUUUGUAGUUCGGUCAUUCCUACUAUUAAUUAAAUUACUUAUUUAUUUUUAGCACACGUGCAAAACUACCUGCAAAAAACCAACCGAGGCUACUGACUGUAAUCGCUGAUCAAUUUUAAUGUAAUCAAUUAUGAUUACACUGUAUUUGACAAGUUAAAAUGUUUCAACAUAGGUUUUAAAAAUGUUGUCAUUGUGAUCCAUGGGAAAAUUGGUUAACUAUUCAUGCCCCUGGUGUACAUGACAAGUUCUUAUUUUGUCACGCUAUGUGUACUAAAGGAAAACAUAUUUACCGACUCGAUAACUCGUCAAUGACGUGAAUAAAUUUGUUCUGUGGAAGACAUAAAUAUAAUUAAUAUACAUAAGGCCAGUGGAUAUGUACAGGAGCUCAACAUGACCAUCAGAACGGACAUCACUUGUGAAAGUACCUUGAUCUCCUAUCAACACUGCCAGACAAAACAGACAGGAACACUAACACACAUCAACAUUUCUUGGACGCCACGGUGUGUGUGGCAUCCACAAAUUAGUUGUCAUUGGCAAACAACGCAACAGUAUCGAAUGUCAGUAGGGUGUGUACGUUUUUUGUGGUGAAGGGGGGAUUAAUGCAUAAUACAUUGUAUGUGUUGGAGAGUGUGUGCGACUUACCUGUACAGUUGAAGUAAUGAGUAAGACAAGUAUUCAUUGUAAUCAAGAGAGCGGUGUGCAGAGGUAUUUGGGAGAAGACAUUUAUAUCAAAGUGAGCUUAUGAUAAGGUGUAGAGUAAUUUGGUGCAAAAUCUUUGUGAAAGAAUAAUCCUUUUAAAAUCGUGUACAUCAAGAUAAAGAUUGGCAACCCCUAGUGCAUAAUUUCCUCAUCACCACCAGUAACAGAAACAUUGCAAAUCCCAUCUACAUGCAUAGGAGCCAAAAUGAUCAAUAAAUUGAUCGUGGGCCCUUAAGAUAUAGAAGAAGAAGAUAAUUGAAAAGUUCAGCUGGAGCUUAAAAAUGUACUUCAUAGGCGACUGUUAGAAACACAAGUGAUAAUAUUCCUUUGAAUGCCCAGUGAAUUUAUUAGCCGUUGAAAUAAAUAUUUGUUUAACCUUUUCAUUAAACGAAAGUAAUAUUGACAUCAUUAGAUUUCUGCACUUGUUGUCUGCAUCAACAAUAUACACAAGUAAUAAUACAAUAAAUAAUAUACUACAUAAAGCUAAGUUUGACAAUCUUUACUAUGUUGAUAUUUUAAUUUGAUACUUUUUUAACAAGAAAACCAAAUUUGACAUGGCCUUAACCUCCUGACCCAUACGUGUUAUUAAAAGCUUUACUUAAAAUCUCUUUAUCCCAAAGGCAUUAUCUAAAAUUACAGGCGUAAAGAGAAAACAUCAAAUUAUUUUUUUUUUUUAAACAUUCGAGGGCGUUCAAGCGAGAGUAAGAAAAUGGCUGAACCAUGUCCGACCGAGAGUGAGAGAUUGGAGUAGACAUUUUAGAUCAGAGUGGACGCACAUAUUUAUAGUGAACCAUGGACAUUAAUUUUCCACACUGUCAAGGCCCGGGACAUUAAUUUCUCCCACUGUCGUGGCCAUGGACAUUAAUUUCCCCCACUGUCCUGGCCAAGGACAUUAAUUUCCCCAACUGUCGUCGCCAGGGACAUUAAUUCCCACAUGUCCUGGCCAGGGACAUUAAUUUCCCCCACUAUCUCGGCCAGGGAUAUUAAUUUCUCCCACAGACGUGGCCAGGGACAUUAAUUUCCCCCACUGUCGUGGCAAAGGACAUUAAUUUCCCACACUGUCCUGGCCAGGGACAUCAAUUUCCCACACUGUCAUGGAAAUGGACACUAAUUUCCCACACUAUCGUGGCCAGGGACAUUAAUUUCUCGAACUGUCAUGGCCAGGGACAUUAAUUUCCCCACUGUCCUGGCCAGGGACAUUAAUUUACCCCACUGACUUGGUCAGGGACAUAAAUUCCCCCUGUACUGGCCAGGGACAUUAAUUUCCCCCACUGUCGUGGCAGGGACACUAAUUUUUCUCACUGUCCUGGCCAGGGACAUCAAUUUCCCACACUGUCCUGGCCAGGGACAUUAAUUUCUCCCACUAUCGUGGCCCGGGACAUUAAUUUCCCGCACUGUCCUGGCCAGGGACAUUAAUUUCCCCCCACUGACGUGGCCAGGGGCAUUAAUUUCUCCCACUGUCCUGGCCAGGGAAAUUAAUUCCCCACACUGUCCUGGCCUUGGACAUUAAUUUCCCACACUGUCCUGGCCAGGGACAUUAAUUUGCCCCACUGUCGUUGCCAGAGACAUUAAUUCUCCCACUGUCCUGGCCAGGGAUAACAAUUUCACACACUGUCCUGGCUAGGGACAUUAAUUUCUCCCACUUUCCUGGCCAGGGACAUUAAUUUUCCCCACUGACGUGGCCAGGGGCAUUAAUUAGUCCCACUGUCGUGGCCCGGGGCGUUAAUUUCCCCCACUGUCCUGGCCAGGGUAAUUAAUUUCCCCCACUGUCAUGGCCAGGGACAUUAAUUUCUCCCACUGUCCUGGCCAGGGACAUCAAUUUCCCACACUGUCCUGGCCAGGGACAUUAAUUUUUCCCACGGUCGUGGCCCGGGACAUUAAUUUCCCCCACUGUCCUGGCCAGGGACAUUAAUUUCCCCCCACUGACGUGGCCAGGGACAUUAAUCUCUCCCACUGUCGUGGCCCAGGACAUUAAUUUCCCUCACUGUCCUGGCCAGGGAAGUUAAUUUUCCACACUGUCCUGGCCAGGGAGAUCAAUUUCCCACACUGUCCCGGCCAGGGACAUUUAUUUCCCCCAAUAUUGUGGCCAGGGACAUUAAUUUCUCCCACUGUCCUGGCUAGGGACAUUAAUUUCCACCACUAGCGUGGCCAUGGACAUUAAUUUCUCCCACUGUCGUGGCAAGGGACAUUAAUUUCUCCCACUGUCCUGGCCAGGGACAUUAAUUUCCCCACUGACUUGGCCAGGGACAUUAAUUUCCUCCACUCUCGUGGCCCGGGACAUUAAUUUCCCCCACUGUCCUAGCCAGGGACAUUAAUCCCCCACUGUCAUGGCCAGGGACAUUAAUUUCCCCCACUGUCGUCGCCAGGGACAUUAAUUUCCCUAUAAACGCUACAUAUCUUACAUAUUAAACCAAAUUUAAUAGGACAGCUUUAACAUUUUUAGUUGAAUAUUUAUCUGGUUAAUUAUUCAGGGUCCGCAGCUGAGUGCCAAUUACAAUUUUACCUUGGAGAACGGGUCAACACCAGGGCACUUUUAUCUCGACUUUAACGGAAAAGGGUUAACACCAAUGACAUUUGGUUUUAAAGAUGUUUUAGUCUUGAAAUAAUGAUUGCGUGUAACAUACGUUUUGUGCAUUUGAAGGUAACAAAAAAAGCACUUUCUAUAUUUUUCCACAAAGACUGUGAAGGUAUAAAUGAGAUCUCAAAUUCUGUGGUAGCCUGCAAUUCGUUUAGUUUGAUAGAUUUCUAUAGUUUCCCGGGGGGGGGGGGGGGGGGGUUUCCCCGGGUUUUUGUGAUUAUUUUUUUAAAAUUUUUAAAAAAAAAACCAUUUAAAAAGAAUAUAAAAAAAAAUAUAUCUUUAAAAGUUUUUAAAAGACAACCAUAUUAAAAGAGCUAUGAAAAAAUCUAUAUUAUUAUACCACAUUGAAAUACAAAACACAGCAUUACAAAAAGUACAUACGAGCAACCCAUUCAAAGUCUUUCAUCCCUUGCAAAUAUUCUCUUUUUAAUAUGGUUGACUUGGUACCGCGUUUCGAGCCUUUGCGGAGGAAGCGUGGUUUUCAAAUAAACUUUAUUAUUAUUAUUUUCAUUAUUAUUAUGUUGCCCGCUCACGCGUAGAAAAACUUUCUAAUUUAGUCGUGUACGCACCAGACGAAAAAAAAAAUAAUUGUCUCUAUAAAAAUUACAGGAAAAGACGUAAUUAAAACACAAAAAACUUUCUUUCUUUGAGUGACAUUUCAACGCAUGCCAGGUUCUCGUUAGUUAAAGAUAAUAUUCUUUUGGCGCCUGGAGGAAAAAAUAUUUGCUAAUUUUUUUCUGAUUUUAAUGAAAUAUUUAGAAAAAAAAUAACUUUACUACUUAACUGAAUGAUUUUAAAAUUUUAAGAGUAGCCAAAACGGCAAAUUUUGGAAUAGGGAUCAAAUUUCAUCUUAUUUGAUAUUUGAAAAUAAACUUGGAUAAUACCUUUUUUAAUUAAGAUAUCUAUAAAAAGUUGGAUUUAUCUGUAAAUCAUGAUGGGCUUUGUCCAGUUUGAAUAUCGAUAGAAACGGAAUUGGCCAGAAAUUCAAUGCAAUCUUUAUAAGUGACAUUAAAAAUCUUGUCUUGCAUAGGAUCAAGUUUUAGUUUUUACUGGCACAUUAUUGCAUCCCAUGUACAAUGAGACCAGAGAAAAAAAGACAUAUUGCAUCAUAUUUAUCAUGAGACAAAAGAAAACAUGACAUAUGGCACCAUAUUUACCACGAGACAAAAGAGAAAUAUGACUUGCUGCACCACAUUUACCUUGAGACCUGAUAGACAUAUGCACACUAUUUACCAAGAGAUCAGGGACAAAACAUGACUUAUUGCAUCACAGUAACCAAAAGAACAAAGAGAAAUAUCACAUACUGCACCACAUUUACCAUGAGACGCGAGAGAAAUAUGAAAUAUUGCACCACAUUUACAACGAGGCCAGAAAAAAAGACAUAUUGCAUCGUAUUAACCAUGAGACAAAAGAGAAACAUGACAUAUUGCACAAUAUUUACCAUGAGACCAGACAGAAUCAUGACAAAUGCACUACCAUUACCAUAAGACCAUAGAAACAUAGCAUAUUGCACUACCAUUACCAUGAGACCAGAGAGAAAAUGGCAUAUUGCACUACCAUUACCAUGAGACCAGAGAGAAACAUGGCAUAUUGCACUACCAUUACCAUUAGACCAGAGAGAAACAUUGCAUAUUGCACUAUCAUUACCAUGAGACCACAGAGAAACAUGGCAUAUUGCACUACCGUAACCAUGAGACCAGAGAGAAACAUGGCAUAUUGCACUACCAUUACCAUGAGACCAGAGAGAAACAUGGCAUAUUGCACUACCAUUACCAUUAGACCAGAGAGAAACAUGGCAUAUUGCACUACCAUUACCAUGAGACCAAAGAGAAACAUGGCAUAUUUCACUACCAUUACCAUGAGACCAGAGAGAAACAUGGCAUAGUGCACUACGAUAACCAUGAGACCAGAGAGAAACAUGGCAUAUUGCACUACCAUUACCAUUAGACCAGAGAGAAACAUGGCAUAUUGCACUACCAUUACCAUGAGACCAGAGAGAAACAUGGCAUAGUGCACUACCAUUACCAUGAGACCAGAGAGAAACAUGGCAUAGUGCACUACCAUUACCAUGAGACCAGAGAGAAACAUGGCAUAUUGCACUACCAUUACCAUGAGACCAGCGAGAAACAUGGCAUAUUUCACUACCAUUACCAUGAGACCAGAGAUAAACAUGGCAUAUUGCACUACCAUUACCAUGAGACCAGAGAGAAACAUGACAUAUUGCAUUACCAUUACCAUAGACCAGAAAGAAACAUGGCAUAUUGCACUACCAUUACCAUGAGACCAGAGAGAAACAUGGCAUAUUGCACUACCAUUACCAUGAGACCAGAGAGAAACAUGACAUAUUGCACUACCAUUACCAUGAGACCAGAGAGAAACAUUGCAUAUUGCACUACCAUUACCAUGAGACCAGAGAGGAACAUGAUAUAUUGCACUACCAUUACGACACCGGGCUUAGGGGUGUGAAGCAAAUAAACGUUCAUUUUCAGACAGCAUGUAAAAGACAUUGCGCUCUAUGACAAUCAUCCACAAAUAUUAACGGGAAGUUCUAGUGAUGAAUCAACGAAAAUACUAUUUUUUAAAGUAUUUCUGGUAUAUUGAUAUAUUUGAUUUCAAAAACCUUUUUUAGAACAAAAAAUGUUAAAAGAUUUAAAUAAAUAAUUAAAGAUAUAAAAAAAGCGUACAGUAUAUUAUUUUAUUAACCCUAUAAAUGAGGAAAAGGUACAUUUUUAAAUGUUUUCAAUUUUUACCGAUUCGAUUCAUGUACUUACGAUCGCCUGACUGCAUCGCAUAUGAUAUCAAUGGACUUCCUUAUUUAUCAGAAAUUAGAUAUUUAUAGCUUCCCAUCACUCACGUAAGUUACCGAACACUUCAAUCGGCGUUACAUCCGGAUUUAAACGGUGUUUUUUCUGACCUAAUUAUAGGGGCACCUCAUUUCAAACGCAUCAUCCUUGAGUUCUAAAUAAAGCACGCAUUUGGACUGGUUAUAUGGGGGAAAAAUUGAAGUGUGAUUGGUUUCCCUGUAAUGAAAUUCGAUUAGACCGAGCAGUUUCUGCGCUGCAAAUAUGCAAUUUUUUUCAAUUUGGUGUCACCCCCUGGGAUGGUGUCACCCGGUGCAGUCCGCACCCCCUCGCUACCCCACUGCUUUAAAACAUACAAUUAAUACACAGAUCUAGUUCAAAUAUGGUAAAAAUGCACUUUAAAGAGUAAGAUUCAUAUUGAAAAAAUUGAGGUUUUUAUUUCAUAAUAUUCACCAUUGUCGGGACACUAAUUUCCUUAUAAACGAUAUAUAUCUUACACUUUAAACCAAUUUUAAUAGGACAGCUUAAAAAUUUUAAUUUGACUAUUUAUCUGAUUAAUUAUUUAGGGUCCGUAGGUUAUGGCUAAUUAAAAUGUCACAUUAGAGAACGGGUCAUAACUGGGGGAAGUUAUUUCAGCUUUAAUUGAAAACGUCUAGAGUUACGCCAUAUUGUAUCUGAUGUUUUAGUCUUGAAAGAAUGAUUACAUAAAACAGUCAUUUUUUUUGCAUUUGAAGGUAAAAAAAUAAUUAUGAAGUGUUCAAGCACGUUCUAUAGUGUUCUACAAAGAAAAUAUAAAUGAGAUGUAAAGUUCUAUGGUACUAUUCGUUUAGUUUGAAAUAUUUCUAUAUUUUCUUGGGAAUUUCCUCGCCAUUGGUGAAUAUUUCGAUUAUAAGUUUCUGGAAAUUUCUACCUUAUGCUAAGAUGCCCGAUUUUGUAUACGUUUUUUCAACGAUGAUAAAAAUGUCAGUUUAAUGUUUCUUAUGUUUCUUUAAAUUAAGACUGUCCUUUUUAUGAUUUUUAUGUUUCUAUAAGUCUCCAUGUUUUUCAUCUAAUAUUUUAAAAUCUAACUUAAAGAUAUUUUUGAAGUUUCUAGAAAGAUCCAAAUGAAUGUAGACUUUUUUUACACUGUUUUUUUUUCCUUAUAAAAUCCAAUGCUAUACACGAAGGCUCGGGUUACAAUGAAUCUUCUACGUCACUUGCUUCAAUCGAGAUCAAACGUGAUAACAAUAACUUUAGGUUACAAUGAAUCUUGUACGUCACUUGCUUCAAUCGAGAUCAAACGUGAUAACAAUAACUUUAGGUUACAAUGAAUCUUCUACGUCAAUUGCUUCAAUCGAGAUCAAACGUGAUAACAAUAACUUCAGGUUACAAUGAAUCUUCUACGUCACUUGCUUCAAUCGAGAUCAAACGUGAUAACAAUAACUUUAGGUUACAAUGAAUCUUCUACGUCACUUGCUUCAAUCGAGAUCAAACGUGAUAACAAUAACUUUAGGUUACAAUGAAUUUUCUACGUCACUUGCUUCAAUCGAGAUCAAACGUGAUAACAAUAACUUUAGGUUACAAUGAAUCUUCUACGUCAAUUGCUUCAAUCGAGAUCAAACGUGAUAACAAUAACUUCAGGUUACAAUGAAUCUUCUACGUCACUUGCUUCAAUCGAGAUCAAACGUGAUAACAAUAACUUUAGGUUACAAUGAAUCUUCUACGUCACUUGCUUCAAUCGAGAUCAAACGUGAUAACAAUAACUUUAGGUUACAAUGAAUUUUCUACGUCACUUGCUUCAAUCGAGAUCAAACGUGAUAACAAUAACUUUAGGUUACAAUGAAUUUUCUACGUCACUUGCUUCAAUCGAGAUCAAACGUGAUAACAAUAACGUUCACAAUGGCUUUUAAAAUCUCGUUAAAUGUCACACUAAUAUGUUGUACAAGUUCCUUUUUUCAAUGAGGUCCUAAUUUUAGUUUAAAACAAUACAAUGCUGUCUCUUUGGUAACAAAUAGAAAGGAAAUAUUGCAGCACAUUUACCAUGACACCAUAGAGAAUCAUAAUAUAUCGGACCACAUUUACCAUGAGACCAAAGAAACAAGAUACAUAGCACCAGAUUUACCAUAUGAUCAUAGAGAAACAUGCAUAUUGCACUACCUUACCGUGAGACCAGAACAACAUGGCAUAUUGCACCACAUUCGCAAUACAAAUUUAGAUAUAGUAUUCGAUUUCUAUUAUUUGAUGUCUUUUUGAUAAAACCUAUCUUCCCAACGAAAUAAAUACAAAUAAUUUUUUGUUUUUAAAUAGUUCUUUCUAAAACAAUUUAUUCACGUGCUGAAAAUGAAUAUGUAGAGUGUAAUUGAAACACAUCUCCAUUUAUUUGGAUUCCGCAGGCCUACUGAUGCUUUGUUGUGUGUUUUGCCACUGUUGCUUUGGUGUAUGUAUUUCUACAGUUGCUUUGUCGUGUGUAGUUCUACUGUUGCUUUGUUGUAUGUAGUUCUACUGUUGCUUUGUUGUAUGUAGUUCUACUGUUGCUUUGUCGCGUGUAGUCAUACUGUUGCAUUGGCAUGUGUAGGCCUACUGUUGCUUUGUCAUGUGUAGUUCUACUGUUGCUUUUUUGUAUGUAGGCCUACUGAUGCUUUGUCAUGUGUAGUUCUACUGUUUCUUUUUUUGUUUUGUAGGCCUACUGUUGUUUUGUCAUGUGUAGUCCCACUGUUUCAGUGGCAUGUAUAGUUCUACUGCUGCAUUGGCGUGUGUAGUUCUACUGUUGCAUUAGUGUGUGUAGCUCUACUGUUGCUUCGUCAUUUGUAGUUCUACUGUUGCUUUGUCAUGUGUAGUUAUACUGUUGCUUUGUCAUGUGUAGUUCUACUGUUGCUUUGUCAUGUGUAGUUCUACUGUUGCUUUGUUGUAUGCAGGCCUAAUGUUCUUUGGUCGUGUGUAGUUCUACUGUUGCUUUGUCGUGUGUAGCUCACGGUUGCAUUGGCGUGUGUAGUUAUACUGCUGCAUUAGCGUGUGUAGUCCUACUGUUGCUUUGUUGUAUGCAGGCCUAAUGUUCUUUUGUCGUGUGUAGUUCUACUGCUGUUUUGUCAUGUGUAGUUCUACUGUUGCUUUGUCAUGUGUAGUUCUACUGUUGCUUUGUCAUGUGUAGUUCUACUGUUGCUUUGUCAUGUGUAGCUCUACUGUUGUUUUGUCAUGUGUAGUUCUACUGUUGCUUUGUCAUGUGUAAUUCUACUGUUGCUUUGUCAUGUGUAGUUCUACUGUUGCUUUGUCAUGUGUAGUUCUACUGUUGCUUUGUCAUGUGUAGUUCUACUGUUGCUUUGUUGUAUGCAGGCCUAAUGUUCUUUUGUCGUGUGUAUUUCUACUGUUGCUUUGUCGUGUGUAGCUCACGGUUGCAUUGGCGUGUGUAGUUAUACUGCUGCAUUGGUGUGUGUAGCUCUACUGUUGCUUUGUCAUUUGUAGUUCUACUGUUUCAUGGGCAUGUGUAGUUCUACUGCUACAUUGGCGUGUGUAGUUCUACUGUUGCAUUGGCGUGUGUAGCUCUACUGUUGCUUUGUCAUUUGUAUUUCCACUGUUGCUUUGUCAUGUGUAGUUCUACUGUUGCUUUGUUGUAUGCAGGCCUAAUGUUCUUUUGUCGCGUGUAGUUCUACUGUUGCUUUGUCGUGUGUAGUUCGCGGUUGCAUUGGCGUGUGUUGUUCUACUAUUGCAUAUGCGUGUGUAGUUCUACUGUUGUAUUGGCGUGUGUAGUUCUACUUAUCCUUGUCAUGUUUAUUUCAACUGUUGCUUUGUGGUAGGUAGACCAUCUGCAUUUUUUGUCAUAUGAACUUUUAACAUUUUAGUGAGGCCGAUAUGUCUUUCCAAAACGAUACAUUUAACUUCGCAUGACAGAGGUCUAUGUGGUAUAAUGUUUGAAAUGGUCUCUGAUUUAUACACUUGGAUCCACAGCUUAGCUUUGGAGAGACUUUAAUCCAAAUUUUUUAUCUAUAUUAAAAAGUAAGUACAUCAAGUGCGUGUAAUGAUUUUUUAUUAUGCUCCUGUAGUACAUCACGUACAUGUAAAUGUGCCUUCAAUAUGCCCCUGUAGUACAUCACGUACAUGUAAAUGUGCCUUCAAUAUGCUCCUGUAGUACAUCACGUACAUGUAAAUGUGCCUUCAAUAUGCCCCUGUAGUACAUCACGUACAUGUAAAUGUGCCUUCAAUAUGCCCCUGUAGUACAUCACGUACAUGUAAAUGUGCCUUCAAUAUGCCCCUGUAGUACAUCACGUACAUGUAAAUGUGCCUUCAUUAUGCCCCUGUAGUACAUCACGUACAUGUAAAUGUGCCUUCAAUAUGCCCCUGUAGUACAUCACGUACAUGUAAAUGUGCCUUCAUUAUGCCCCUGUAGUACAUCACGUACAUGUAAAUGUGCCUUCAAUAUGCCCCUGUAGUACAUCACGUACAUGUAAAUGUGCCUUCAAUAUGUACCUUUAAUGCCUCUGUCCGAUGCGUUCAAAUACUGCACCACGGGCUUGCCAAUACGAUUCUGAAACGAUGGAUCAUUCUUCAACCGCGGGAGGCUUCAAGCUAAAAUCAAGGUCAAACAUAACACCAUCAACGAGCUUCUGUUUGCGGACGAUUGUGCUCUCAACGCUGCCUCAGGAGCCGCCAUGCAACACUUUGAGGCCUGCAACAAAUUUGACCCCACAAUCAACACAAAGAAGUCUGAAGUGAUAGAUCAGCCUGUUCCCAGGAAACACUGCGUGUAACCCAGUAUCAUUAUCAGCGGAAGCGUCUUAACCCGGUGGAUCAAUUUACUUACUUGGGCACCACCCUCUCCAGAUCUGUCGUCAUGGAUGAAGAAAUGAAAGCCAUACUCACAAAAGCUAAUGCCAUAUUUGGCAGUCUCCGCAAUACUGUUUGGGACAGAAAAGGUAUCAGACGAGAAACGAAUUUCAAGGUCCAAAGCGCAACAGUCCUCUCGACAUUGCUCUACGGUUGUGAACAUUGGACAGUCUACCAGCGUCACGCCAAAAAACUGAACCCUGCUCACACAACCUGCCUCAGGAGACUCCUCGGCAUCAGGUGGCAAGACAAAAACCCUGACACGGAUCUCCUCGCUAGAGGAAACCUAUCUAGCAUCUUCACAAACCUGAUGCAGUCUCAACUCCGUUGAAGGGGACAUAUAGCACGUAUGGAAGACAAACGGCUCCCUAAACAGAAAUUUUUCGGAGAACUCAUGAUAGGCAGCGCUCCCAGUGAGGUCAGAAAUCGCGUUACAAGGACACACUGAAAGCGGUACUAAAGGCCUUAAGCAUUAACCAUAUUGAGUGGGUGCAGAACCAGGGUAGGGAUCAUGAUUACAAGUUGCCGGUGACGGGUAUGAGGCCAGAGGCGAGGGUGGUAACCUCUGGCCGAGGAUUUAAACAAUGCAGCCUUGAGAAAGCUGUCCCUAGGCAACCGUUUCGUCCCAGCUACAGCGCGAGCUAGUUGCGUUGUGGAAACCCACUGUGGAAUCCCUCUUAUAGGGCGUCCGACGCUUUCCCGGGAUGGGUGGGGGAAGAUAUUAGGACGUACAUUUUCCAUCCCAACACCAUAACAAAGUCGAUCGAGAGCACUGUUUAAACACAUAGUGUCGGACCGACAGGAUGCCUACUGGUUGGGGCGGCCCCCAGGCGGAAUCCUGGUUGAGCGCCCAGGCGCCCGGGUGGCUGUCCUGACGAGUGGGCAUCUCCAACGUGCCGCUCCGCGGCCCGAUACGUUGGGCCUGGGAGGGGUAAUUUGGGGGGGGGGCAUAAAGAUUGCAAACUCGCCCCGCUGACGCCAUUUCCUGAUGUAAUAAUUUAGUGGGUGCAGACAGCCCAGGACAGAGCCAGGUGGAGAUCUGCUGUCAAAAAAGGGGCUCAAUGUCAUGUAGCCAGUAGGAUAGCCAGAGCUGAGACACGCAGGCUAGCCCGAAAGAGCAAACCUAGGUCACCGACUUCAGCAAUUAUCCCCUGCCCGCGGUGCCAGAGAUUAUUCUGAGCACAGAUCGGUCUAGCAAGCCGCCUACGAAUGGACCGUGACUAGAUGGUCCUCGUUGAUGUUGACGGACGAACAACAAAGUACCUCACGUACAUGUAAAGGUGGCUUCAAUAUAGACCUUUAUUACAUCACGUAAAUGUAAAUGUGCAAUCAAUAUGGAUUCUGCCGUUUUUUCCCUUGAGCUCUUCGUGCACCUUACCGAAUGGACCAGAAGACUCAGGACAUUGUCCUAAAAGUACGCUCCCUUUCUUUACCAGGUUACAUCAAAAAAAAAAUUACUACAUGGUUGUAAAUAUUCCCGUCCUUGACCUUGAUCAAUCUUUGUGCAGAUAUGUGCCAAUAAAGACCACGCUUAGCUCAAUGUUUAAAAAUGUUUCUAUUAAAAUCACGAUAAUUUCACUGUGACAUUGUGGCCGCCAUGGUGUAACAAUCUAUAUACAUAACUUAGUUACCAGGAACUUUAACCAUUUACCUCAGUAACAUAGUGAGCUAAGAUCAAAGUGAGGCCCACUGACAUUAGUGAGCUACGAUCAACGUGAGACACACUUGUUAGAAAUCAACCUGUACUGGUGCGUCCAAAUGUACGUAGAUUGCUCGCUGAGGAAGACCACGUUUUUCAAUUACGGGAUGCUCAAACAUCAAGUUGGUUGUUACUAAAUUAUAUACCAUUAGUUUGAGUAUUGUUCAUUGAAACUGACUAAAUAACAUAUUUAUAAAAGAAAAAUAACUCUAAACCUGGAUUAGAUCUUUAAUUUAAAGUCACGCACCGACAUCCAAUCCAUAUUUUGCAUAAUCAAACCAUCGUCGCGACAAAUGACGUCAUCAAAUCAUGGUUGCGACGAACGUUGAACAACCUCACGUUCAUUUUGCUCCCCGAAUAUAUUUCACAAAAAAAUUUUUUUUUUUACUAGUCUUCGUACCUCACAUCAAACGAGCUAUGUUGCGAGGGGAAGUAACUUCUAACGACUUUUACUUGUUCCCUUUCAUAAGUUAAAGGGAGUUUACCGUACGACGUCAGUAGUUUAAUUGUUACUUCAAUAUUUCAAUACCAAAGGUCUCCAAGGCACAGGUCAUUAUCGGAAUUGCUUAGCAUAAAUGCGAGUCAUUAUGAAAUGAUGGAACGUUUAGACAUUGCUUAAAUAAUACUUAAACAUUUGGAUAUGAGUGAUCAAGAGAACCUGACUAAUGAUUGCUCCAAAUCACCAGUGAGAAAAUGGUAGUCACCCGGGAGGUUUUCAAAUAAAUCUCACUAAAAAAAAAUGUUUAAUGAUUAAAGAACGCUUUGUAAUUGCAGCUCUACUCCUAACAUACCAUGUAAUUAUGGUUGCAACGUUUAAAGCCGUUCGCCUUGUCACCACUCAUAAUCGCAUGUGCACGUAUCACCAAACUACUUUAAACACAACAAAAAGCUAAAGUUUCACGUUUAACUCAAUGGCCGGCGUCUUUCUUGGAUAUCGACUUAAAAAAUUCGUUUCAACGUUUAAAAAUAAAGGUCUCAGCUUAGUUCGUUAACGAAAUUUUUGUCCGGGCUCACUGGCCAGUAUUGUAUUUAAUGUCUUAGGUCCAUGUUUGUUUUAUAAAGUCGGAUUUGUCAUGUCUAGAAAACCAGAGGAGUUUGUUACAUUUUCACGAAAGUAUCGCUAGCCUUUUCCUUUUAUAGUUUUAAAGAUUUUGUCAGAUUUAUUGUUAAAAGUCUUAGAACUAUGUCUAAUUUGAGCAGCAGUGAAUCCGGUGACGAUCUGCUCAGCAUUCCAUACUUUGAUUCAGUGUACGUCUUAUUUGUGUACGCUGUGUGGCCGACAAUGACGGCAGCUGGAGUAGUGACCAAUCUAAUCAACAUCAUCGUCUUUGGGAAAAUGGGUGUCCACGACAGUGUGGCCAUUUCCUUCUUGGCCCUCUCUGUGUCCAACUUCGGCUUCCUGGCGAUCUCGUUCGGACAUUCCAUAUGCGGGGCAUUGGUGCGAUUUCCGGGCACCCUGGCCAUUGACCCUUACAGCUUGAUAAUGGUUCUCUAUUGGUACUCGUAUGCCUUCUACGAUGUCACCGUCCUGAUGACUGCCUUCAUAGCCGUAGCUCGAUGUUGCUGUGUAUCAAUGCCACUGUAUUUUAAAGGGGUGUUCAGCAAUGUUCGAACAAUUAUCAUAAUCGUUUUUAUAUUUGGGGGCAUCAUUCUCAUUCGCCUGCCCAUGUUGAUGGUUCAAAGGUUAUCUUGGGCUGUAGAUCCUAUGAACAACAGUUCUCGUCUCGUUCUGACCGUGGUUGGAGAUCGGCAACUUGCUGUGAAUAUCAACGACAUCUUCAACAGAAAUAUCCUCCCGUGGUCUUCCAUAGGGGUUGUCAUCAUUUGCACGAUCAGACUCGCGAAAGCUCUUAUCGAUUCUUCCAAAUUUCGGCAAUCGAAUCUUCCCGGUUAUGAGACUAAACCCAACAUAUCCGCCAAUCAAGUCGGUCAUCUUGGUGUCCGUCAUAUUUGUGGCCCAGGCCAUCCCAACAGCGUGUCAUGCGGUAGCCAGGUCUGUAGUUCCCCAGUACACGGACACGGGCCGGUAUGGGAAUCUGUACACUCUGAUCAGCUUUGUCACCAACAGCGCUUGUUAUGUGCACUCCUCCGUCAGUAUCGUCAUCUACUACACACACAACACGAGAUACCAGGUGACCUUGGAUCACAUAAUGUGUACUAACAAUGACCACGACAAACUUAAAUUUACAACACACACCACAAAAGAUAACACGUGAACUUAUGUGUGCUCACUGCGACCAAUACACACUGGAAUAUCCUACACACAACAAAAAAUAACCCCAUCUUAGCUCGCAUAUGUGCUCACAGGGACCACUGCACCCAGGAAUAUACUGCACACAUGGCAAAGAGCAUGCACAAACUAUAUUUAAAUAAGUAAAUUUUAAAUCAUUAAUAUUAACUUGGCUUUGUCUCUCUCAUCCCAAACCUUUUAUUUGGAAGGGGAAGAUGAAGGAAAUAUGAUUUCAUGAAAUACAAUUCCCGAUAACUUCGUUCAUUAAGAUUUUUUUUUUUUAAUAUUGCAAGUGCUUUUGGUGCUAAAUUUUUCUUUUGGUUUUUUUUCUGAAAUAGUUGGUGCCAUAAAUCUGCCGUGCAGAAGUCGGCGGGGCAUUGGAAUACGAAUGACGUUCAAGGGCGUGAACAAGUGUGGGAUUGCGAGCCUUGAGGGGGUGGGGGUGGGGGUGGGGAGCACUAAUUUGGAUUCUUACGAAAUGCGUUUCUCGUAUGCAUGCAACGUCAGAUUUUCAUUCUCACCCCCCCCUCCCCUCCAUAUUGCUCGAUAUUACAUUUGUAUGAAAUACUUAUCCGAACAACUUAGUUUCCAACGGUUGUUGAAUUUUCUGGGUUUUAAAAAAAUCAGCUUCUUGUUUGUUACAUCUUUUAUAUUCAAUGCGCUUUUGUUCGUGCCUGGCAAAAUCUUCAGACGGUCAAUUGACUCAUAUUCCGUCAACCUAUCGAGUUGAAACAUUGCACAAAGACUCUUUGCCGAGGGACCAAACAUUCUUUGAAACGUGCAGCCCGACUCCCCAACCCCAACCACAAAGUUCUGUUGUUCAUAUUUUUCAAGGGGACGGUAAAGGAAACAUGAUACCACUGAUUUAACAAAAUAAAAUUCCCAAUAACUGCGCGAAUUGUGAUUCUUUUAAAAAAAUAAUAAUAUCGCAAAUGCGUUUGUUUCGUAAUAUUUUCUUUUGUCUUUGUGAAAUACCUGAUAAAGUAAAUUUGCGCUGUAAAAGCCCGGGGGGGGGGGGUAUUUGGUUAAGGGGAGCAAUUCGAAAAUGAGUUGUCUACAAUUUGAUAACCAAUCGUCAAGUAGGAUUUUACUUUUAUUUUAAAAUGAGAGUGCUCAAGAAAAAAAAAAAAAGUAAAUUUGGGGGGUAAAAGCCCGGGGGGGGGGGUAUUUGGUUAAGGGGAGCAAUUCGAAAAUGAGUUGUCUACAAUUUGAUAACCAAUCGUCAAGUAGGAUUUUACUUUUAUUUUAAAAUGAGAGUGCUCAAGAAAAAAAAAAAGGCUUCUUUAAAUUGAUGAAGGAUGAGAAUCCAGAAAUUCUUCUUGGGCAAUGUGCAUAGGGAAAACGUGGUAGCUUAACAAAAAUUCACUCUUUCUUAACGAAGUACUACAUUCAUUUAUAAAAUGUAUCAAUGCCAUUAAAGCUAGUGCCAAAUGUGAGCGUCUAUACAAGCUACUUUGUGAAGAACAAAAUGUAUAUCGUGUGAGACUUUCAAUUUACAAUUAAGUAAGUAAGUUGGCUCUGGAAAGUAAACUGAUUGAAAUGAUUUAUGAACUAUUUGAUACUCUUGGUGAGAUUUUAAGUGAGAAACGUGAAAUGACGUAACCUUUUAACAGUUGAUGGUAAACCAUGUUUGAGUUGUUUGGCCGAUAACUUUGAACAAACUAAAUUUAUUAAAUAACCAACUACAAGGAGCAAUUAAAGUUCUUGUCAAUGCAAAAGCGAAGGUAUUUGUUUUUCAUUACAUUCAUUGAUUUAUUGCAGAAGUAUGUUUGUAACAAACAUUUUGAAAUGUUUCUUUGGCUCAAAAAAAAUGUGAAUUGACUGAUACUUCUGUACUUGUUAUUGUGGAUCAUGUAAAAAAAAAACUAUUAAAAUUCAGCCGAUUUAGAAGUAAGUUUUUAUGAUAUAAAACAAAUGUAUUUUCCAACUUGGAGGACGCAUCCGAUGUUAUAACUGUUAAUGCUUUAGAAUUAUUUCAGAAUAUAAACCUGAGAAUCGCCGGGUAAAAUGGCUAGUAGUUGAUGAAACGAAGAUACACGCUAAGAAUGCGCACGAUAAAAUAGUGUUGUUGUUUUUUAAAUUUUAAGAUUAGUUAUGGUUUUCAUUUAAACACAGCGUUAUAGAAUCGAUUAUAUUUUACUAUAUUUUUAAAUCUUGAUUAUAUUAAAUAAUGUACAUCAUAUUCUACUAAUGAAAUUGAUAGGAUUUGAUGAAGAAUCGGAGAUAUUUUGAAUAGUUGCCAAUAUUUUAUAAAGAUGUUUUCAAAAUAUUAUAUUUUUAAACAUUUUAAUCGGUUUAAGUGAUGUUUCAAGGAGUUUUUAAAUACUUAGAAUCGGAUAAGGACACUAGAUUUAGCUUAAGUAUUCGAAUUCUCUUAAAUAUCGACUUUACUCGUAAUUCAUGUGUUCCCUCUUUAACCAUACGUUCUAUCAGCGAAUGUUAAAUUUGUUACAUUUUUUUUUUUUUUUUAAAAUUUGAUUUAAAAAGGCACUUUACGUGUGUGUGUUCUUUUAAUAUAGUUUGACUCAAAUGUAGUACGCUUUUUGACCGGGAGUGAUGCAANUUACCGAAAGCUACCUGAAAGAUAGGGUAAUAAUGGGAGAGAAUGCAAUCAGUUUAGCAAAAUAUAAAAUGAGUAAAACAAAGUAGAGUUAAACCUGAAAAAAGGAACACAAAACAACGAACAUGUUGGCAGGAAGCCUUCGUCAGCGAACAAAACAACAUACAAAUCAGAAUAAAAUUAAAGAAUAGCCCUUAGCUUAGAAGUAGUAUCCGUGGGCAGCAAAUGUGACCCUACUUUGUUUUACUCAUUUUAUACCUGAAAGAUACAUUGGGUGCCAGUUAGAAAUAUUGAUAUGUUUAUACUUUGGUGUUCAAAGCGAGGUAAUGCGGGCAAGUUUCUCUAUAACAAGCGUCAUUCACGGUUAUUAUAAUAUUGUAAUUAGUUUUCAGUUUGCUUUCAUUUUCUUUUCUUUUGUCAUUCAUUUCAAUCAUAUGUGCCACUUGACAUACAGCUCUAACACGUAAGGUCUCAUCAUUCAUUCUGAUUGUUCAAUGGUUCCACCCAUGGGCGCCCGCAGGGGGGGGGGAGAGGGUGGGCACUUGCCCCCCUGGAUUGAUUGGAUAAAAAAAUUUUAGACAAAAAUAGACAAAAAAUGUAUUAAAGUGAAUAGAAAAUAAAGAGAAAGUAACUAAGCUGAUGUCCUGUCCGUUCGUUCACCAUGCAAAUACGCUACAGUAAAUUAAAACUACAUUAAAUAAAACAUUGCUCAAAUUUUUUUUGCCCGCCUAGAAAGUUAAUAGAUUUUUUUUGCCCCCCCCCCCACCCUAGAAGCUUUUCUGCGGGCGCUCAUGGUUCCAUCUAUUUAAAGCUCUCUCUUAAUAUGGGCUGGGGCAUCAAAUCGUUAUAAGUAUUUUAGGUGGGGCACUGGCAAAGAAAUGUUUGUUAAAAACACAGCUUAGUCGACCUUCGAGUGCAUUCCACAUAUCUUAACUUAUACAGCAAAGUACAUUUUGCCUUAGGCGCUGCUAAAAAAAAGAAGAAAAAAAGUUCUUCUUUGUUUUAUGUGCCUGGAGCCAAGAUAAAAAUGAACAGAUAAAGGAGGCCAUUACUGCAUCCCGACAUCAAUGAUAUCAAAUUAUUAUUAGGUAAUUUUGAUUCUUCUUUACCUUUCUUUUUCACAUUCCCCGAGUUCUUUCCAUUCUAAAUACAUUGAGGCCUUUACCUUUCUUUACCUUGAGUCAGGUCCAACUCAGCUGCAACUCAAGUCCAACCAAGGUCCAAGUCAGGUCAAGGUCAGUACCAACUCGGGUCCAACCCAGGUCGAACUCAGGUCCAACCCAGGUCAAACUCAGGUCCAACCCAGGUCGAACUCAGGUCCAACUCAGGUCCCAGUAGUUCCAACCCAGGUCUAACUCAGGUCUCACACAGGUCCAACUCAGGCCCAACUCUGUUCCAACCAAGGUCCAAGUCAGUUCCAAUCCAGGUGUAACUCAGGUCUAACUCAGGUCCAACCCAGGUCUUACUCAGGUCCAACUCAGGUCUAUCUCGGGUCCAAUUCAGGUCCAACUCAGGUCUAACUCGGGUCCAAUUAAGGUCCAACGCAGGUCUAACUCGGGUCCAAUUCAGGUCCAACUCAGGUCUAACUCAUGUCUAAAUGAGGUUCAAGUAAGACCUAAGUCAUGCCCAACCCAGAUCUAACUCAGAUCCAAUUCAGGUCCAAGUCAGGUCCAAGUCAGGUCCAACUCAGGUCUAACACAGGUCCAAGUGAGGUCCAAGUCGUGUCCAACCCAGGUCUAAAUCAGCUCCAAAUCAGCUCCAAAUUAGUUCCAACAUAGGUAAACACAGCUCCAACACAGGCUCAAACUCAUGUCGCAAUUUUAACACAACGAUAAAAUCGACUAAAUGUUCAGCCUUCUCUAGUGUCCGUUUUAAAAAGUUUAAGAAAGGCAACUUUGGAAACCUUGGAGUUUGAUUAAGACAGUUCUCUUAAUAAAUGUAAUGUUGAAGCAGACGAUACGAGACAAGCCGUGCUACUACAUGCAUGCAUAUUUCCACCCAACAAUCUCCUGGGGAUGAAAACCGUGUGAGAAAAUAAACUGCCUAGAAAAGUGCUGAACCCCUUACAAGUUUCUAGUGUUUAGCAACUUGUAUGAGCGGCCGAGGAGUCCCUGAGAAAUUAAGUGCACACGGAAGACAGUUUGAGAAGCACUGAUCUAGAGUAAGGUUAUUUAAACCAAAUGGUUCCCGGGCCAUGUGGACCGCGAAUUAUAACAUCGCGGGACAUACAAUUAUGUCAUUAAACCAAAUGAAUUAAAUAAACAGUGAUACGUUAUUACACAUAUAUUUAAUUCUCGCAACGGAAUGCAAAAUUUUAACUAAAAACUAAAAUAAUUUAAUCUUUUGUCUGGUAGAUUAUGUGAUCUAAUUGAACGUUUAAAUCAGCGGUUCUCAACCUAUGGGUCGCGAGCCCUUUGGGAGUCGAACGACCCUUACACAGGGGUCGCCUUAGAUCAGGGGUCUCAAACUCAUAAUAUCCGGGGGCCGCAUGUGGUAGAGCCUGAAGGAGACUGGGCCAUAUCAAGCAUUCCACGAAAAGGCGAUUAAAAAUUAAUUAAAGUACACCUGUUACAAUCUGCUGAACCUUUAUUAAUAAAAAAUAAAAAAAUUAAAGCUUUCUUCCUCCUACUCCUUGUUGCCAGAGACCUAGAACCGAGCAACAUUUGGCUUGAGGGAGGAAGCAACAGAGACCCUUAGUAUAGCUUGAAGAUGAUCAUCAGCAGGUUUGGCCCAGAACUUUGACUUGUUAAAGUUCAUAGCCGAGAAGGGUACUCCUAAAAGGCACAUGAUCUGUUUGAACAACCUCGAAAUCUUAGGGAAGGUGGAAGGCAAUGCUUUCGUCAAUUGUCCAUGCUUUUUGUAUUCGCCUCUCUGAACUUAGAAUUGCACUGAAGAUCAAUCAGCUCCAAUUGAAGCGCAAAAAAGUGGGUUGGGUCAUCUUCCACAUUAAAUUAGAAAGGGUCAGCAAAAUUUUGAAAAGUGGCUCUGUGUGUUUUGAAGUUUUCAAACCUGUGAUCAAAUUCAGCUUUGCAGUAACAUCAGUAUACUUUCUACUGAAUGAUUUGCGCGAGUCCAUGAGUACUUUGCAUGUUGGGAAAUGGCAGAGGUUUCUCUGAGAACCAUAGCACAAGUUUUGUUACAGAAUGCCUUAACAUUGUCAUGGGCAACACUGAAAAGUUGUCCCUGGUCUUGAAACGUCUUGUUGAAUACAUUCAGCUCCUGCAUAAUUUCAACAAGAAAAGCCAAGCCCAUGAGUCAUUUGGGAUCACUUAGUACAGAAACAAUUGCCCCAUCAUUCUCCAUGAAAACUUUAAAUGCUAAAACGUGUUCAAACAGUAGGCAGGAGUAGGCCAUAUUUAUGAAUUAUUGAUGCGAAGGAAGAUGUUAUUGUAGGGAUAAUGAAUUUAGAUUUUUGUAUCGUAGAAGAGGCCUUUUUGACUAGCCCUAUUUUUAAGCGACCAUACUGACAAGCUCAGAAUUUCCCUCACUCGUAAACACUUGCCGCAAUUUUAAUAAGGAAUCUUUGAUACUCUAUCAGAUUCCUACGAUUUACACAAUUAUGGUUGUGCAUUACCCACCAAUGGACUUUUUAAAACUUUUCUCAUAACUGCCUUCGGCCAAUGUUUGUCUCAUAAAAUGCUGUAAAAUUUAAACUUUUAGUCCGAUUUUAAAACGGUUCUUACUAUUACAAUCAACAUACAAAUAUAUGCAAACAUAAUAGAAAUCCGAAUUCCACUAGUCGGUGAGAUUCGACUGAAACCGUCACGGAGGGUCACAUUAUAGAUGUGGUGGGGGGGGGGAGUGCCAACCGCAAUAACACUAAACUUUGCUGUCAUCCAGCGGGCCCCAAAUAAUCGUCUUGUGGGCCGAAUAUUGCUCGCGGGCAGCGAGUCUGAGACACUAGUCGGUGAGAUUCGACUGAAACCGUCACGGAGGGUCACAUUAUAGAUGUGGUGGGGGGGGGGGGAGUGCCAACCGCAAUAACACUAAACUUUGCUGUCAUCCAGCGGGCCCCAAAUAAUCGUCUUGUGGGCCGAAUAUUGCUCGCGGGCAGCGAGUCUGAGACGAUGAUCUCUUUUUUAUAAUAAGAAUGUAAAUGUUGAUAACUUCCCCAAAAAUUUUCUAUGUAUGCAGAAUGUAUGCAUGCACGAAUUUCAAAAUAUGUUGCUGGCACCUGAGUUAGGCAACAACAAUAUACGGGGUAAAUGUUUCUGUUCAACUAAAAAUACAUUUUAAAAACGAAUUAUAGAUCUGCAUCAUUGCUUUAUGAAUGUUACUUGCCAUCUAUCUGAGUCCAAUAUUUAGAUUUUAAUAUCCCAAAACGCACCUUAACUUGUUCUAACCGUAUCACUUCAUCCCUCCAAAGCUACCUUACUGGCCUAUCAGUUCAUCUCGCCAAUGCUACCUUCCUAACCUAUCAGUUGAUCCCGCCAAUGCUACCUCAGUAGCCUAGCAGUUGGCCAGAUCUAUCUGAAACACGCCAUUAGCACCUCGUAAAUGUCAAAGAACUCUCAUGUUCCAUCUGGCCCACGGAAAGCACCCACUUGACUUAAGAGUGUUUACAGAGGACUGAAUCGAAUGGCAAUGCCUAAAAUCGUGGAUCUCUUCAAUGUCUGCCAUGCCUUAUCUCAAUCGGUGCAUACGAGAGGAUGUUUCAGGGGGCGUGUAAACUAAACAUGGGGCGCCACUUUAAGUUGUUACGAGUGUUUCGAAUUUCCUCUAUACAUGUUUUUAAUUAGAAUGGGGCUGGAGUAUGUCUUAUGAUGUCAGAAACACAGGGGUUCUCAGAUUGGUGGGAUAGUGUUUUGGCCAGAAUAGGAAUUUUCUAAAUUGUAUUUUUGUUAUUCUAUGAGUGUAGAAAUAAAUAGUAUAGGUUUUUUGAUGUUUUAAGUUUAGUCGUAAAUGUAUCAAAGACACCAUCCCAAAUAAAUCUAAGUAAUGGCUCUGUCAGCAGACAGUGUAUCAAAUGCCCACUCUCAAAUAAAUAAAAAGCAAUGGCUCUGAAAGCUGACUGUGUAUCAAAGAAACCAUCCCAAGUAAAUCAAAGCAAGGGCUCUGGAACCUGAAACGAUUUAAACUUGUACAUUAGGAAAUUAAUAAAUUGCGUGAAUCACUUCAACUAUGCAAGCUCUCCGUCAUAUUACUUGUAGCUAUUCCAAAGAUAGUGUUAUGUAGUACACUUUUCCCGUGCUUGAACUUUGUUUCACCCCACAUUAGAUCCCUAUCAGAUGGUAGCGUUUGUUGUGGGCGUGGCUUAAUCUUUGAUGUAUCGAGUUUACUACCGGCUUCCAAUUAAACAUGGUUAGUGUGUCUACUAGUAUCAUGUUGAACAUUCUCGAUUAUAUUAGAAAAGUAAGGGGGUUUCUAGACGCGUCUGUAGACCCACAUAUAUAAGGGAUUUACAGGCACAGAGAGGAAAGGAGAUUGAUAGCUAUUUUUAACUUCACGAGACGUGUUUUUUAUUUCGCAUACAUCAUUUAUCAUUAUUUAUUGGCACAUUGUACUAAUUGUGUACCGGUACAAAAUUGUUCGAUAUUCUGUAAGUUGAUGAUUUGUAAUUAUAUUUUCUUUUGUAAUUACUUAAAUAAAUAUUAUUAAUUGUAAUUAGUGCUGUAUUGGGUGUCGUAUUUUUGUUAUUGUAUUUCUCUAUGGUAUCGUCCUUUGUUAGGCACUGUUUGAACGAGCCACAAGAUUAAAAUAGGAUAAUAAGUUCUCACAAUAGAAGCCAGUCCGUAACAAUAGUUUUAGCGAUUUCAUGUUUCGUAUCAGUUCUCGUAAAGUGAGCUCGGUCAUUCCAGAUUUGUCCCAUCAUCAUCAUCAUCAUUAAGGCCCUGGCCUGCUCCACCACACCCUUCCAUUCGGUUCGAUACAUAGCUUUCAGCCUCCAUGCGCGAGCCUACAGCUGUUGUUAGUAAAGUAUGAUCCCAACUCGCCUGUGUAAAAAAACUAAUCUUUAUUCCUCUAUCUACAUGUGUUUUUAAUGCCUAACAUCACAUGAUCACUCUCUCCAUUUCACCAACCAAUAUUCCCACUUUUAAGUUUAAACAUUCAUGAAAACAACUCACCAGGUCCAGUCAUACAAUAUGACAACAACACACGCCAAUCAAGCUACAAAGCUCACUCAAUACACACAACAAUAAUCGUUGGUCAUGCUUUCUAUCACAGGGUGUAAGUCCUUCCCUACGUCGUGGAUCCAUCUCAGGCUCGGUUGACCGGUGAGCCGUCUGCCCAUAGGUUUCUGCCUGUAGAUCCCUUUCGCUGCUCUACAAUCCGGCAUCCUUUCAAUAUGUCGUGUUCAGCGCUGUCUGCCUUUUUUUGUUGUUGCGACUAUGGGUGGGCAUUUCUCCACUUGACAUCGCACUUGUCCCAGUUUAGUCCCAGAAAUUAGAAACUCGCGUUUUAUAGUUUAAACAAAGUGUACAACCUAAUUCAUUUUCGAUAGGGAAUUAAAUUUAAAAAAGAAAGACAAUGUAAUGAGCUGAAUAAAAUAUUAUAAUAUAAGUCAAACAAUCAUAGAAAUAAUAAGUAGAAUCUGUUUAUGUUGUUACAUAAAUGCAUCAAAUAAUUGUCAACCUUUUGGUUGGGGAACUCAUUUCGGGGACGUCAACAUAUUGCAGGAACUUAGGAAGACAAAUUAAGAGACAAGUGAGGCAGACAAAAUGUACAAAGACAUCCAGGCAAGACAGUCAGACAAGACAAAACAGUCAGACAAAACAGACAGACAAUACGGCCAGACAAGACAGCAAGACAACAUAAAACAGCCAUGCAAGACAGCCAGACAAGACAUCAAGACAAGACAGCAUAACAGGACAGGUAGCUAACACAUACGAACACAUAUGACCAACAGAAACAUCAUAGAACACAGGGUAUAUAUUGUCUAUGUCUGCUGUCUGUCGAUUCUGUAUGUGAUCUAUAUGAGGUAUUAGUCAAUGUCUGCGGUCUGAUGGCAUUGUGUACUAUCUCUUAUAUCUUUCUCUAGUCUAGUUCCCACUACCCUGUCCACGUACUCCACUAGUGACUCAAAAUAUCUUCUCCUUUCAACAACGCCUAUGCUCAAAUACACACAAUUCUCUCCUUCUCUCUCUCUCUCUCUCUCUCUCUCCUUCUCUCUCUCUCUCUCUCUCUCUCUCUCUCUCUCUCUCGAUGUACUUUAGAUAAAUUAGCCGUGUUGUUCUCCCAUGCGCCAUUCCUUGACUUGUUGCCUUUGACCUGGAAGCAAUGAUCUUGGCAGUCAGUCUAUUCCUGCAUCGCUCUCCCUCGUCCUAACUUAAAGCCUUCAUUUUAACGUUGUUAUUUUUCAUAUUAUAUUUUCUAAACUAGAACAGCACUGAGUUUUUUGUGUUUUUUUAAUUUAUUUUAUUUUUAUUUUUUUUGUCAAGUGAAUACAUUUUUCUUUGUACACGGAAACAAGGCAAAUGCUCGAGGAUUCCAUUUUUCUAUCUUGAUGCCUUUAUUAAGUUCUUUGCAUUGUAGGCAAUUUAUAAAAAAAACAAAAAAACAAAGAAGACAAAAAUUCCUUUCACAAUUAUCGAUUUCCUUCGAUCCAAUCCGAAGACAUUUGAACACAAAUACAUGAAACAAUAAAUGGUGUCACGACUUUUACUUGAACAUUUCCAAUGUGUCAUCUUUGCAAACGUUGGCCAGCCAACUUAUAUAAAAUACAAGUCUGCACCGUGUCUUUUCCUAGUAAAUGAUCAUAUAAAUCAAAAAGAUUUAACUCAAGCAUUUACUGUGAACCCAGGUUUUGACAUCUUCUAUCAUGCCUUUCAAAUUUUUUCGUUUUAUAAAAUACUUCCAUUUUUAAUAAACAUUUUAGUGCUUUUUAAAUGAUGCUGUGGGAAUUCACGGCUCACGUCACGAACCUUUCAUUUCCACAAGGAACGAAUCAUUGGUUCGAAGCCCCACUGACCAAUUUUUAUGGCUUCUUGUGUUGUUGUUUUUUUUAUGUUUAUCAAUGUAAACGCUUCUAACACCAACGGUUCCCGGGCAGUGUCUCAAGGUUCACAACAGUACUUGGCGAAAAAUCAAAUUAUUUAAAGCAGGCCAGCACAACUCAAAAUGAUAGGCGGGCCGUAAUACUUUUUGAAAACCUUGUGCGGGCCAAAAGAAAAUAGGACAGGGCUUGUGCGGGCCCAAAGAAAAUAGGGCGGGGGGGGGGGGGAAGCUGUGAAGAAAAUAAUAAGAAUACAGAAUAGUUCGUUACUUCGUGGGCCAAAAAGUGGGUGCUGGCGGGCCAAACGCCACCCACGCGCCGUAUGUUGUGCGGGCCUGAUUUAAAGGAAAGAUCCUAAAGGUUUAAAUGUGAUAGAAUGGGAAUAAAAUUAUUAUUAUAAAAAUAGAGAUACUCGUGCUCUCUGGGGUAAACCCACGAUUUAAGUUUUGUUUUAAGAUGGAGCUGUAUUGAUAUAGACACAAUUGAGCACACGUAUACAAUUGUUUCAUAUCGGUGUGUGAGAGCAUAAAGAGCAUGAAGAGCAUAAUAAAACUUUAUGAAAUGUUACCAGAAAUUUAUUUUUAAAAAGAGUUCGUUUUUUUUUUCUUUUUGGAAAUCUAAAGUCCAGCGAAUUUGUGAAUAAGAUUGGCCGAUAAUGCACUGAAACAUUGCUCUGGAACAUACAUUUAUAGUCAUGAGUUGUACGACUAGGUUGUUUAGCCGAAGUUUUGUAUGUCCACCAACACCCCUGGAAUGUAGAUGUACGCCUUAAAGCAACUGAUUAGAUUCCACAGAGUUUACCCGGACGGUAUACCUCGCCAAUCAUCUUCCUGUAAAAUACCUCAAAAAAUCCAAUUAGGAGAAGUAAGUUUGAGAACCCUUCUGACUUUACAUCGCUUUUGAGAUGAACCCUCUUGUUGACUCGAUAGGCUCGGACUUUGACUUUAGGCUAUACGCGGGAUAACUUAGACAUGUUUCGGUCUCGUAAGCACUAGUUCCCGAGCAUUGACGGACAGUAUCCGCCUGGAGCCACCGCCCAUUAACAUAUUAAUCUAACCCAUUAGGCAUUUAAUGCUUGGGAUCUCCAGAAGGUUGAAGCAGUUUACACUACCGAAGUACCUGAACUGUAUUAAAAUGUUUCGAAAUGUUGGAGUAAGGCGUCUCAGAGUGAAUGGAGUUAACAGGAAGUUUGAAGGUAGAGAGAGCUGUAUUGCCACCGUCAAAUUAAAAUUCUGCUUUAAAAGUGCAAUUUUCUUAAAUUUAAGUUUGUUUUCAAGCAAAAGAUUAGACAUACUGCGCACCGUUCAAUUAAAAUAAAACACCACCAACCGCAAUGUUUUAUGCACACACAAAAAUUACUCGAUGUAAACCCCAGUUCCCUUUGUCAUUUUCAAUUUUAAAAUUGGGCUUUUGAGUCCAUCAGCUCUCCUGGUACCAAGUUUUAAUUUUCAAAAAUGUCUACGAGUGCUAAACUACUUCAUUUACAUUUUUACCGUAACAAGCCCCGCCUUUACCCAGACGAGCCCCACUCGGGAGUUAGUUAGAACUCUCGAUACAUCUAGGCAUCAUGACGACAUCAGCCAUUAUGAUGUCAUCAAUGCCACUGAUCUGGUAUUUGGUAAUAAGAGAGGUGGGGAACCUACUUAUGGUCUGUUACAUUCCUCUUGCAGUCCACUCAGACACUACAUUGCAGCUAAACGUAGUUUAUUAAAUUGUGUUGUUACUGUUGUUUGUUCGUUGAAGAAGGCGUCUUGCCGACACGUUCGUUGCUUUGUUGCGAUCUAUUUUUUUCUUCAGUUUUUCCCAUAAAAAUAAAAAAAAAUAUGAGUAAUGCAUUGCAUAAUAAAUUAAGAUAUGAGCCUUUUUUUAAUUUGCCCUAUUUGGGCGCGGAAAGAUGGGGGGCUAGUAAUGGUGUCAUUAUGUGCCAGAUAGGGCUUUGUAAGUCUUAAAUCCUUUCAACAGGUAAACUACUCUGGUAGUUGUCGCGUUAAUUGCUAGAUCUAUGCAAAGCAGUGAGAUGUCGUGAUCAAGUUCAUGAUUUGACUUUGUUUAAACUCCCCCUUCAAGUUGUGACAACGUGCAAUUUCUUGGUGUUUGUUGUACACGUGCAAGACACUAGAUUCCCGUUACACGUUUCCUUGCGCAUCAGCAGCGUAGCCCAUGCCAGGGACUUUGGAUAAGGCUAUCUCGCGUGUCAACUUUUGUGUGAACUACUUGAGUUUAAACCAGUGGUUCUUAACCUUGGUCAGUCUCAGGGGUUCGGCGGAGGUCCAAAAAAAAAUAGAAAAAAAAAAAUUCCUAUUAAGAAGGGUUCGGUGAAUGCGCAUAUGAAACUGGUAGGGUUCAGUACCUCCAACAAGGUUAAGAUCCACUGGUUUAAACGGUUGAAUAGGCCAAGCAAUAAUCCCUUACAGAAUAUUUGCUGUGUUGAGAUCUGGGAUAUUGCCAGCGUCUAGGACAUAACAAAAGUAUUGUUAAUAAUUCACUUGUGUCCAAAGGUUUGAUUAAUUUGUUCGCUGUAAGUGGAUUUUAAAAAAUGUCUAAUACGAACAGACAAGACACGAAACUAAAAAAAAAAAAAAGACUUGUUUUGAAAAAAAAUGAACAACUGUUAAAUUUAUUUCUUUGGAUAUUAUUUCCAAAAUAUCGGAUCACUACAAACAAGAUAGUUACUGCGUAAUACACCUAAUCUAAUAUUUUCAAACAUAAUCUUAUGUCAUCUAAUAUAAUCUAGUGAAAUACAAAAUAAUCUAAUAUAAUCCAAUCCAAUAUAAUCCAAUCCAGUAUAAUCUAAUCCAAUCUAAUAUCAUCUAAUCAAAUAGUGAUGAUUAGGUUUGGCGUUGCUUCUCACCUACACUGCUAACUUGUCUUACUUCUUGGAUGGUAUUUCUUAUUUACUUUUUUUUUUAAAUCUUAAAAACCGUUUUGAUCCACACAAAAAGUGUCAUGUUUGAGGUUGCAAGUGUCUAUUUCGGACUGCAAUACAACAAUGUUUACAUGGCCAAAGUUUACCUCCCACAGCCACACCCACCCCGCAAAAAAACCCAAAAAAAACAAGAAACUUUCCCAGUGGUUACGCCCCUGUAUAUUUGUCAACUACCACAUGUUUUUGUUUGUUGGUUUGUUUGUUUGCUCCAUUUCGGAAGCCAUUAAGAUUGCUGUCGCAGGAGUAAAUGUAUCCCACGUGUUUCUCCCCGGGAAAACGAAUUUCGUUAAAAUAAACAAACAUUCUCACACGUCGCUGCCCUAAAUUAAAACUUGAGAUCUAACGUUGCUAAUUCAACUGUAAUUAACGUUCGGUUACUCUGGAGUCUUCAACAAGUGCACGAUGUAGUGACUAGAUGAGUGGGAUGCCUUGCGGUGAAUUCUUCAAUUAUGUGCCAUAAUAGAGAAGCACAUGGUGCAGCACAUUCCUGUGGACGAACUUCUGUCAUAGUUAAUUACAUUCGCGCUAUAAGUUUGAGUUUUCUCAAGUGACUUUUUCUCUUUCUUUUUUCAUUUUUUUUUUUUCAUUUUUUAAAAUUACCUAAUAAAUUUAAUAAACUAUAUCUUAUAAGUCUGAAAAAUGCGUUUAUUAUUAUUAUCUUAAGAUAAAAAAUGCACAGGAAGCAUAUUUUCCUCUUUUUAAAAAAAAAAUAAAUUUUGAUCUGUUUAUUUUCUGUUUAUUUUCUGUUUAUUUUUAAUCGAAAAAUAAUGUUGAAACCUGGUAAUUUCUUAUGGUAUACGUUCACAUUUUUGUAAAACAGAGUAGCUUGCCCGUAGGUUGCCGCCUACUUUUACCAAUUUGGACUUGCUCCAAAGUCAUGUUUGUUGUUUCUAAACUCGAUUCCAGUAAGUUAAUUAGUGUUAAUAAAAAAAAAAAGGAACCAAUAAUAAAGUUUUUACAAAAUUAAAUGUAUACCUUUAUUCUGAAUAAUUUCUUUCCUCUCAUUUCAUGGUAAUUUCAUCCGAUCCAUGGUUACUCAGCCAAACCAUGGCAAUAACAAAUAAUAUCAAAGCGGAAAUGAUAAAUGCUAUGCUCUUUUCUCCACGAAAAUAAAAAAAAAUUCUUUCAUGAAUGUGUUUCAUAUAAUCUUAAGUUACAUUAUUAUUAAUUUGAAAACGUUCGGGUUGUGGGAUAUUUGUGGAUUUUUUUUAACGGGCUACAAGAAAAGAUUAGAGAGUAUCUUAAGAUCUAUACAAAAAAUAAUAAAAGGGUGAAUGACGCCAUUGCAGUUCUAGAAGUUUUAUAAAAAUUAAACUCUCUAACCCCACAAACACUAUUUGCUUCAUACGGUAACUCAAAGUUACAUUGUAGAAUAGUGUAGGUUUUGAGCAACAGAACAAGACAUAUGCAAGCAUAUCUAACCUUCGACAAGAUGACAUAGAUAUUUGAUUUGACUGACAGACAACAUUUUAGUCCAUUCAUGUCACAGGUUUCAAAUGUCAGACAGACGAAGCUCUUGGGUUGGACACGAGUACAACGAAGGCUAGGGAAAGGACAACUCCAAUAGCUUCCGGAUCCGGCACAUGACGUCAUGAGAGGGGAGGAAAUUAGGACCAAGAAUUAGAACCGGUUAAAGAUUGUUUGUUUCUUUUUGUUUCUCUAAUAAUCAUACUUUUUAAUGCUGGUGGAAUCUUUGUAAAACGUUCCUAAUUUAUUGAUUAUAUUGAAAUUGAUCUAGUUUAAUGGAUAUUUUUUGAAGGAAAAUAAGCCCCAAUUUUAGGAACGAUUUGAGGUCUGACUCCUUGUGUUGUUUAUUGUUUAUAAUCACCAUGGCAACGUACCGCCGGGAAAUUAGUCAUCAAGAGAUAACCCUAAGGGUAGUCAGGGACGACGCUAUUUGAAACACGCAUACGCCAUUCAGGAAAUGUUAGACGGUCAAGGGUUCUCGAGCUCUGAUCAGAAUAGUUGACUUCUGGUUCUAACACAUUAACAAGGCUACGAUGUCAUUGGAACUAAUGGACGCUUUAUAAGUGCGCCACUAAAUUACAUUGUUAUAUACUUUCAUAGCUGGAAUUUUUUAACUACAGUCACUAGAAUUUGAAAUUCAAAAUAUGGUCACUAGCAUCUCAAAUACAAAAUAUGGUCGCUUGCAUAUGUAACACAAAAUAUGGUCACUAGCAUCUUAAAUACAAAAUAUGGUCGCUUGCAUAUGUAACACAAAAUAUGGUCACUAGCAUCUCAAAUACAAAAUAUGGUCGCUUGCAUAUGUAACACAAAAUAUGGUCACUAGCAUCUCAAAUACAAAAUAUGGUCGCUUGCAUAUGUAACACAAAAUAUGGUCACUAGCAUCUCAAAUACAAAAUAUGGUCGCUUGCAUAUGUAACACAAAAUAUGGUCACUAGCAUCUCAAAUACAAAAUAUGGUCGCUUGCAUAUGUAACACAAAAUAUGGUCACUAGCAUCUCAAAUACAAAAUAUGGUCGCUUGCAUAUGUAACACAAAAUAUGUCUUGGUUGUUUUACGUUGACAUGUGUUGCCUCGGUUGUUUUACUAUGACAUUUAUUGUCUUCGUUGUUUUACUAUGACAUUUGUUGUCUUGGUUAUUUUACAAUUACAUGUGUUGUCUUGGUUGUUUUACUAUGACAUGUGUUGCCUCGGUUGUUUUACUAUGACAUGUGCAGUAUGACACAUGACACACACACCUAAUGUCCAAAAUAGACCUCGUGGAAUCCUAUGCUUGUAAGAGCAACAGUGAUUACGUCAGUAAUCGUUGUUUGAGCUGACUUUUAACCUUUUAAGCCUUAGAGCAGCGCCCCGGCUCUUACAAUGGCAUGGGCGAUUUCGAAUACGGUAUCGAGCAUUACAUUCAAUUGUGAUUACUGAGAGAACAGAAACGAGAAUUUUAUCAUUUCGAAAGCUAAAACGAUUAUUUUUAAGGGAAUAUUUACAAAAGAUUGCAAGGAGAAUAGUAACUGCUUAAACAGUUUUUUUUUUAAAUGUCUUACCUUUGCUACACAGUUUCCUGAAUAACAGAUUUAAAAAAAAAAAAUUACUUAGCCCAUGUAUUAUGUGAAUCCCCAUGCGCCUUUCUCUUUAAGCUCAGAAGAACAAACGAUUUUCCCAAACAUCUUCUUGCACACAUUGCCUUUGUUAAAAAUAAUUUUUAGAUGGGAAUCCGGUGAGGAGGCUGAAAUAACAAUAAAACGUUUUUGGAUUUCUUUUUGUUUCAAUUUUUUGGCUCCAGUUUUUUUAAAAUUAAAAACCACCCCCCCCCCCUUUUUUCCCCGUAAAAAGCACAGGGAAAAUGAAUGGGGAAAAUUUUUUCAUGUGUCAUUUUUAUGAGGACAGUCAUAGUGGAUUGAAAAAAAUUAGAAAUAAACAUUUCAUUCACCUGAAUAUUGGGAAAUUUAGACUUUAUUUUGAUAGGAUUUGCCUCGAAUGAAAUGGAGGCCACACUCCUUUUAACGCUAGAAACUCUGCAGUUGUCAUAAAAUGCCGCUAGAAACUCUGCAGUUGUCAUAAAAUGCCGCUAGAAACUCUGCAGUUGUCAUAAAAUGCCGCUCUUCAUGUAAGAGGCAUAGCUAGAGUGUUUGGUGACAAAAUACAAAAUUCAUUUUGCGCCCCCCAUCCGUCGACUCUAAAACCAUUAUUUUCAUCCGUUAAAUACCUUCACACCCCCUAUGGCACCCCGCUAGUCUUACUCACGGUGACAUCUGCACCCCCCCCCUUUUAGCUACGCGUCUGACCACUGGCACUGCCCACACGAAAAUCAGAAAUGCCCCCCCCUCCCUUUUUUCUCUUUUGGAUGAAAAUGUCUGAAAGAAACACAGAUCGUGACCUCGACAGAAAUGGCAGACUAGACUAGUAAUGACAGUAGAGACCACUGGUUAACCUUGGCAGUAAUGACAGUAGGACCACUGGUUGACUUUCGCAGUAAUGACAGUAUACAACAUUUAACCCACCAACACUCAACAUUUACCACACCACAUCCAAACUUUACCACACCAACACCAAACAUUUAUCACACAGACACCCAACAUUUACUUCACCAACACCCAACAUUUAUCACACCGACACCCAAAAUUUACCUCACCAACACCCAAACUUUACCACGCCAACACCCAACAUUUACCACACAGACACCCGACAUUUACCACAACGACACCCAACAUUUACCACGAUGACAUCCAAACUUUACCACACAUACACCAAACAUUUACCACACCGACACCCAACAUUUACCACACCGACAACCAAACUUUACCACACAGACACCCAACAUUUACCACACCGACAUCCAACAUUUACCACACCGACACUCAAACUUUACCACACAGACACCCACAUUUAUCACACCGACACCCAACAUUUACCACAAUGACAUCCAAACUUUACCACACAGACACCCAAUUAACACACCGACAUUCAACAUUUACCACAUUGACACCCAAACUUGACCACACCGACACCCAAACUUUACCACUCCCCACUCUGGCACUUAACUUACCACCAGCUUUUCCCUCAGCCUUCACCCAUGGAUCUACUACAGGCCCAUACAGAUGUUUAAUGUGGAAUCCCUUAGCAUCAAAACGAAAAUACAAUUUCCGCUAAGAGCAUUGAUUAAUUGGUAGGAACAUUGAUCACAAUUUCGAAAGAGUUGGGUGGUAAAAUAACACAGUAAAAUCCCGUGUAAUCGAACGAUCCUUAGACAACAAAAUGUAUCGCCCAGUUUACACCUGGAAACCUUCAAGACUUUGCUACAUGAAGUAGAAACAGAUUGAUCUGUUGUGCUUUACCUGGAGCCAGUUGUGAUUCAGAUAAACUCACUGGAUGAGAUUGUUAACUGUCCGACCUGCUGUUUGGGUGGUUUCAGUUUCUUGUUUGCCCAGGUGAUACGAUUCUGAUGCCUCCUCUUGAACACAGAAGUAACACGGACACGAUGUUCUAACACACGACACGAAUUUGCUACAAUACUCCAAUGACAAAAGUACUCGCAAUACAUUUUUUUUAAAAGCUCAUGAAUACAAAGUACAACACAUAAUAACAGUAAGUUUCUGUAGAAAGGACUAGCUCGCCUAGAACACACUUAACACCCUACAAUAAACCUGUCCACACUCGUUCUCUCUUAUCUCUCAGUUUUUUUUUCCUACAUUUUUCUAGAUCAGAGGUUCCCAAAGUUUUCCCCCUUUUUUUAGAAUCGACUUUUCACCGUAGUGUAUAGUGUACAUAUGUUUCAAUUGUAUCACUUCAAACAAGCAAUUCAAUAUGUAUAAUCGAAUCAUUAAGCAAUCCAAAUGUCAGAUAGUAUAUAUGCAUAUAAGUUAAAGUAAGAAAUUUUUUUUAAAAGAAAGAAAGAAUGACAUUUAUAAAAAAAAAUUAUGACAAAACUCACUAGACUAAACAAAAACAAGUCACUAAUUUUGAAAAAUAUAUACCAGAAGUAAUUCUUGACAUCAUAUGUUGCAUCAAUACACGACAGGACAAAACGUUGAUCAACAAACCAAUUUACAUAUUUGGAUCAGACAAUUUACAAACCCGAUUAUAAUAAUCUAAUAACAACAACUAUUUGUUUGUCAGAAAGAGGGCAACACUCUCAAAAACAUGCAGUGCCAAGAUGUCACUCUUCCCUCAAGUUAACGGGAAAAAAAAGAAGAAAGUAAUGUAUACCUGUGCCCUGACAUUUUUAACAUUAAAGAAGAGUACCUGAGUACCGACACAAAAGGGUUGUUUACAUAAUAAAUAAAAAUCAAGACUUUUUCUAUGAUGUACUUCUUCUUGAAUUCUUGACAGCUCUUGAACCUCUUGAACAGCAAAUAAUUCUCUCACAACGGGUUUUUUAAAUGAAUAAUGUCCCAGUACACACACUGCUCAGAAUACAUCCUGAGCCAGCAGUAUACUUAUACUACACUGUGCAGUAUAACUUUAACACACUGUCCACAUAACUAUACUACACUGUCCAGUAUAACUUUAACACACUGUCCACAUAACUGUAACACACUGGCCAGUAUAACUCUAACACAAAGUUCAAAAUAGUUCAGGUUCCAAUUUCCUCCACACACCAGCCAACGGGUUUGUUGUUGUUGUGCUUGACUUUGUUACUGAAUGCGACAUAGUUUCACAUCCAGGGGGUGUCUUGCCUCUACGUAGAUCGUGGUAUCGGGAGACAACACCUGAAGUCACUUUGAAAUUUAAGUUUGUGAAGUCAUCGAUGAUCGAAAUUUUAUACAUUACCGAUUACUGUAAUCAAUGUUACUGAACCGUAAAACAACUCUAUCCAAAAAAUCACAAAUUUCGAAGCAAAAUUAUUUAUAACGUCAUCGGGAGAUUUGAAUUCAUCAUAAAAAUUUCAUACAUGGAUUCACCAGUCUGUAAAGUGUUAGUGUUAAUGUUCCCUAGUAUUAAUGUUCCCUAGUAUUAAUGGUCCCUAGUAUUAAUGUUCCCUAGUAUUAAUGUUCCCUAGUAUUAAUGGUCCCUAGUGUUAAUGUUCCCUAGUAUUAAUGUUCCCUAGUAUUAAUGUUCCCUAGUAUUAAUGGUCCCUAGUGUUUAUGUUCCCGAACAAUCACCCCAUUGAAAUUAAUAUAAACGCGAAAGUUGAUCACUGCUGACAUUACAAAAAUGAACUUUGAUGUCAACAUAAAUAAACUUACUGCUGUGGUUACAGGACUAGGUAUUGACAACCGUUUGGACUGCUGUGGUUACAGGAAAAGGUCUUAACAACCAUUUGGACUGCUGUGGUUACAGGGCUAGGUAUUGACAACAAUUUGGAAUGCUGUGUUUACAUGACUAGGUAUUGACAACAAUUUGGAAUGCUGUGUUGACAUGACUAGGUCUUGACAACCACUUGGACUGCUGUGUUUACAGGACUAGGUCUUGACAACAAUUUGGACUGCUGUGUUUACAGGACUAGGUCUUGACAACCAUUUGGACUGCUGUGUUUAUAGGACUAGGUCUUGACAACCAUUUGGACUGCUGUGUUUAUAGGACUAGGUCUUGACAACCAUUUGGACUGCUGUGUUUACAGGACUAGGUAUUGACAACCAUUUGGACUGUUGUGUUUAUAGAACUGACUACAACUUGGACUGCUGUGUUUAUAGGACUAGGUCUUGACUACAUCUUGGACUGCUGUGUUUAUAGGACUAGGUCUUUACUACAUCUUGAACUGCUGUGUUUAUAGGACUAGGUCGUGACUGCAGCUUCGACUGCUGUGUUUAUAGGACUAGGUCUUGACUACAACUUGGACUGCUGUGUUUAUAGGACUAGGUCUUGACUACAACUUGGACUGCUGUGUUUAUAGGACUAGGUCUUGACUACAGCUUGGACUGCUGUGUUUAUAGGACUAGGUCUUGACUACAACUUGGACUGCUGUGUUUAUAGGACUAGGUCUUGACUACAGCUUGGACUCCUGUGUUGACAGGACUAGGUCUUGACUACGUGUUUACAGGACAAGGUCUUGACUACAACUUGGACUGCUGUGUUUAUAGGACUAGGUCUUGACUACAACUUGGACUGCUGUGUUUAUAGGACUAGGUCUUGACAACCACUUGGACUGCUGUGUUGACAUGACUAGGUUUUGACAACCGCUUCACAUUGCAUUGAUAAUUUAUGAUUUCAUGUCAAAUCGCCGUUUCUCGCUCAUUGCAUUAGAAAAAGUGACUUUGACUUCAUUAACUGCUACUAGGAUCGUUGGUGACUAUGUUUCAUCUCAUGUCGUACAAGAGUAUGCAAGUGUUUUAUACGAUCUAUAUGUUCUCUUUUCUUUUGGAUUCAGAAUAUAUAAGUGGAUUUUUUUUUUCUUUUGCGCACUGACUCUGGCUAUUUUACACAAUCAGCUAACUAGCGGGUCUCCUCUAUUCUCUAAUGUUACAAGAUGGUGCAAUAUUUUCAGUGCGAUCUAACCCAUGCAUAGUUUCCAAAUUCAGUCCAACGUUGGGGAGGUUUUUAAAGAUCGAAAUGCGAUUAAUCUUCCGUCCAGGUUUAAUCAAACAUUAAAAUUUGUUCAAACGUGUUUUCUUUUGUUUUGCCAACAAAUAAUAUCAUCAUUAGUGGCGCUACAGCCGAUCUAGGGUCCUGGCCUGCUCCGUCGCAUUCUUCCUUUCGGAUCGAUUUAUGGCUUUUGCCGCCAUGGUGCAGGUCUUCCCUACAUCGUCGCUCCAUCUCAGUCUUGGUCGACCGGUGAGCCGUCAGCCUCUAGGUUUCUGCCUGUAGAUCAUAGACCAGUGGGGCGUCUGCCCCUAGGUUUCUACCUGUAUAUCAUUUGUGAUGCUCCACAAUCCGACAUCCUUUCAAUUUGUCCUGUCCAGCGCAGUCUGCCUUUUUUAUUGUUGCGACUAUAGGUGGGCCUUUCAAUUGAUUUGUUUCUUAGUUGGUACGGAUUCCCCAACCAUCAUGGUCUAUCCCCGGAACAUAGAUUUUCCUAGAAAAUGCAUACUAAUGGAAAUCAUUGUCUAAAAGAAUUCCUUCCACUUUGAACAAGACUUAUAGAAAUAGAAUUAGGCACAGAGAACAUAUUUGGUACACGAAUAUUUACUUGAUCAAGCAUGGUACCAAGGGUCAAAGUGUCUUAGUAUUUCAGAGUAACAGGCAAGGUUAAUUAAAGGCUUAAAGCUUUUGAGUGAGGUUAAAUAUCAGUUUCAGACUAGUAAUUUAACACUUGAUUACACUGUUUAGACAUUGUUGAAUAUACAUCUUAAAACAUUAGAAUAAACCCAAUUCUAAAGCAAAUCAUGUGUUGCGGUGUAAAUAAACGUAUACAGUUUGAUACACGAGAUACACCAUUCAAACAAUACAAAGUAAAACAUCAGUUAAAAGGAUGCCACGGAUCACUGACUCAGGCGCAGAUGAGAGACACUUUCUUCAGUACUGUAAUAACCUUUUACAGGGGUGACGAUCUCGUGGUCAACGUACAGAGACUACGUAAUAAAUAUGAAUUCAAACAGACUUGUCCGCACACGCCUGUGACAAAAUUUCGGGCUAUCCCCAAAUUAAUUAGAUUUUUGAAUAGCAGUCUGUACUGUAAGUGCCAUAAUGAACAGUUCUGAAACUCAUGUAGUUAAAAGUAUUUAAGAGGUUGUCAACAGUGCAUAGCUAAGCCGACACGCGUUCCCAGUAGUGAAAAGAAAGAUAUUUUGGACAUUUGAUUUUUGGAAAUGCGUUGCUUAACAGCGGAAAACCUAUUCAUAGAUGACCAUUCGUUUCACUAGUAUGGAAUGGAUCAAGAAGUUGAAAACAAAAAAGGUGACAAGAAUAAAUAUGUCAAUUAAGAUUUAUAAAGACUGACAAAGUAAAAUGGUUAUCUUUUGUUACGAAAUUUCACCGUUCUGGAAGUAUACUGUAUCAAACGGAAUGGGAAGUCAGGUCGACCAGUAACUUUUUUUGGUUGAGAAUCACGCACCUGUUAUUAAGAAUGUGCUGAAUUUGUCCCCAUUAAGUCUUAGACCCAGAUCAUGGAUUAGGAUUCAGAUUUGCAAAGGAAUGUGUAGUCUCCGACAAAAGGCACAUUUACAGACUGGUCAACCAGGCUUCCCCUUCUGUUAACAGAGAGCAUUUCCAGGACGAAAUAUUUUUGCAAAAACACACAGCUGUGCAGUGUGACAUGGUGAUGUGCUGUGUUACACGGUGAUGUGCUGUGUUACACGGUGAUGUGCUGUGUUACACGGUGGUGUGCUGUGUUACAUGGUGACGUGCUUUGUGACAUGGUGAUUUGCUUUGUUAGAUGGUGACGUGCUGUGUGACGUGCAGUGUUACAUGGUGUCGUGCUGUGUUACAUGGUGACGUGCUGUGUUACACGGUGACGUGCUGUGUGACACGGUGACGUGCUGUGUUACAUGGUGACGUGCUGUGUUACACGGUGACGUGCUGUGUGACACUGUGAAGUGCUGUGUGACAUGGUGACGUGCUGUGUUAUAUGGUAACGUGCUGUGUUGCAUGGUUACAUGGUGACGUGCUGUGUUACAUGGUGACGUGCUGUUUUACAUUUUGACGUGCUGUGUUACACGGUGACGUGCUGUGUGACACUGUGAAGUGCUGUGUGACAUGUUGACGUGCUGUGUUACAUGGUAACGUGCUGUGUUGCAUGGUUACAUGGUGACAUGGUGUGUUACAUGGUGAUGUGAUGUAUUACAUGGUUGUCUGUGAUUUUUUCCCCUCCAACGAGAGAAUCAUUUCAGACUACAACUGCGCCACAUACCUUCCAUUUCACCACUAGGACCACGUAGGAACUGGUGCUAUGCAGCGUUGUAAAUGUGGUUGUGUGUAAUGUGUGUUAAGGUCAAUAUUUUCUUCUUUCAAUUUACUUUUAAUUAAAAAUAUUAUUAACUGUCACCAUUGUCUUAUAGUUACAAAACUUGAAUACACUCUGACUACCCUCUGACAACACUCUGACUACACUCUGACUACCCUCUGAGUACACUUGAAUACACUCUGACUACCCUCUGACUACACUCUGACUACCCUCUGACUACCUCUGACUACACUCUGCCUACCCUCUGACUACCCUGUGACUACACUCUGCCUACAUUCGGACUACCCUCUGAUUACCCUCUGACUACACUCUGACUAGACUCUGCCUACACUCGGACUACCCUCUGACUACCCUCUGACUACACUCUGACUAUCCUCUGACUACACUCUGCCUACACUCUGCCUACACUCGGACUACCCUCUGACUACACUCUGACUACACAAUGCCUACGCUCUGCCUACACUCUGACUACGCUCUGACUACACUCUGACUACACUCUGACUACAUUCUGACUACACUCUGACUACAUUCUGUGUUCUGACUACACUCUGACAACACUCUGACUACAUUCUGACUACACUCUGACUACAUUCUGACUACACUCUGCCUACCCUCUGACUACACCCUGACUACAUUCUGACUACACUCUGACUACACUCUGACUACAUUCUGACUACACUCUGACUACAUUCUGACUACACUCUGACUACACUCUGACUACAUUCUGACUACACUCUGACUACAUUCUGACUACAAUCAGACCACAUGAAAACACACCCAAAUUCCUGUAAGGAAUCGGUUGUCACACUAACCCACAUUUGAGUUGCUAAAAUUAUCACAACCAAUAACGUCACCAUGAAUUUCAGCCAUAUUAACUUUUGUUUCAAAUGCGCUUCUCUCUCUCUUUUGAGCGUCUGAUAGUUGAAUUAAAACAUAUUCAAAAUAAUGUUUUUCUUCAAUUUAAAGUAACUCUCCUAAAUCAAUUUAAAUCUUUUGAGUAAAAAACUAAACAUUCAGCUAACCCAAAUUGACUUGUCAAUGAGAUUACCAACUGGAUCCUGGUUAGAAGGGUUAGGGGAAGCAACCAGAGCGAAAAUCAUUUUCCUUUCCUAACUUUCUUCGCACCUGUUUACGCCGAACGAUUUGCGAGUUUCUUUUUUUUCCCACAUUGGUUGUGAUACUUUUCGCAACUUAAAUGUGGGUUAGUGUGAAAACCGAUUCCGCGCAGGAAUGUUGCCUGUGGUUUCUGCUUAGACUUUUCCUGAAAUGUCAAAAGUAACCUUGGCAGGGAAUUAAUCUAACGGCAUUUCUGUGGAUACGUUGAUCAUCAAAAGUUAGGACGAUUCAAUAGUUUAAUUAGUACCGCGCAUAAAGUGAAGGGUAUUGUUUACCUUUUGGCUUGCACAAUUCUGAUCGUUGAAUAACAUUGAGACUUGAGUAUCACGGUGACUUCCGUGAGAAUUGAGUUACGCUGUUACAACACUGAGACUUGAGUAUCGCUCUAACUUCUGUGGGACUUGAUUUACAAUGUUACUUUUGUGAGACUUGAGUAUCGCUGUUGCUUCUGUGAGACUUGAGUAUCGCUGUUACUUCUGUGAAACUUGAGUAUCGCUGUUACUUCUGUGAGACUUGAGUAUCGCUGUUACUUCUGUGAGACUUGAGUAUCGCUGUUACUUCUGUGAGAAUCGAGUUACGCUGUUGCAACAUUGAAACUUGAGUAUCGCUCUAACUUCUGUGGGACUUGAUUUACAAUGUUACUUUUGUGAGACUUGAGUAUCGCUGUUGCUUCUGUGAGAUGUGAGUAUCGCUGUUACUUCUGUGAGACUUGAGUAUCGCUGUUACUUCUGUGAGACUUGAGUAUCGCUGUUACUACAUGAAUUUCGCUGUCAUUUCUUGGGUUUCGUGGUUACUACUUAAGCAUCUCUGUUACGUCUGUGUUGCACUUUGAGUUUAAAGUUUUGUUCAAUGGAUUACGGAUCUGGAAAUGUAAGAGAUGGGUUGUGCCAUGCCAUUCCAACAUCGUAUUUGUAACAGAGUGCAUCCAGGGGCGAAAAAUCUUUGACAAACUGUGUGGGUGGAGAGAUAGUUUCCAUAUCAAGUGUAUAUGAAUCGUGAGCCAGGACCACAACAAGAGUGCAUCAACGUUGACAACUGCGUAAAUGACAGAGUGACAUGCCGCCGACACAGAUGACAUUAUUAUGAUAGGAUGUUGUAACAAUACAUAAUACAUUGACAAAUAAAUCUUAUAUUAUAGACAUUAGCGUAGCACCUAGUAUUUCCUGAAACGUCUCCUAUGUACAAGAGAGUAAACAUUUCCUGCUGGUGUGACCUCUAUACUUUCCUAUGUGAUAUGCUUAUUCUUUUAUAUUUUGAGGGCCCACGAUCAAUGUAUUGAUCAUUCUGUCUCCUAUGUUUUAGAGGGGUUCGCGAUGUAGCUGUGCAUGGUUUUGAAAGGGAUACUUCACUGGUUGCAAGGGCUACUCAGUGAGGGUAUUAUGAACUAGGGUUGGAAGAUGCAAUAGACACAAAUGUGUCAAGUGUAGUCACAUCAACUGUUGCCCUUGGGAGCUUGUUCUAAGUUGUUAAACUAAAGUAAUGUUAUAAUAUUUGUUGUUAAGAAAUAAUAAUUUAGAAUUGGCUUCAUUCAGGGUGUUACCUGCAUCCGAUUUCUGUUAAUCUCGAACUCAAUGUCUGAUUUCAUUUUUUUUUUUAUCUCAGGAUUUCAACAGAGUCGAAACUAGUUUUGUUAAAAAUGUUUACUGAGUGAGUAAAUGACGUCACCCAAAGAAGUAACCCUCAAGUCCAAGCCCGGGAAGUGAAGGAGAGGUCGUGUGAGGCAAGGGGUUAAUCCUACGGCUCGUCAUGAGCAGCCCCACCUCCCCUGCAGAGGGCCCCAGCCCAACCAGUGGUUCCACACUGAAGCCAUAUCUACGGAGGAAAAAGUCCUCCCUGGGUGAGACUAAGAUUGCAGUUUUGGGGAUGGCAGGAGUAGGCAAGAGUGGUAAGUUGACACACUUUCUUGGCUGACUGCAACAUACAAAAGUUUUAACAUUCACACAGAGAAACAUGCACAUAUACAAACAUGUAGACAUAGUUUGAUUUUAAUUUCUUUAAAUAAUAACUUUUCUAGCACGCCACAGCCGGAAAACCGUGUAAUGGCGUCAUAGUAAAUCAUAAAAUGAAAAUCUAAAAUAGACAACUGCGCUUUAUAGGCCUGAAACCACAUUAUCGAUGAACUUGCCAUGAAGUGGCGAGACAUGACAUGUAGAGAUUGUAGCUAAGACCUGAAAUAGCGAGACAUAAGAUGCAAAAACCGGAACUUAGACUUAGGAUGCCGAUAGAGACAUGUAAUAGCGAGACAUGACAUGUAAGACAGUAAAAAGACCUGAAAUAGCGUGACAUGACAUGUACAGAUUGGAACUAAGACCUGUAUUAGCGAGACCGUAGAGAUUGGAGCUAAACCUGAAAUAGUGAGACAUGACAUGUACAGAUUGGAACUAAAACCUGUAUUAGCGAGACCGUAGAGAUUGGAGCUAAACCUAAAAUAGUGAGACAUGACAUGUACAGAUUGGAACUAACACCUGAAAUAGCGAGACAAUACAUGACAUGACAUUUAGAUAUUGGAACUCUGCAAUCUGAGCUCUGCUUGUUGGCGUACUGCACCAUCUUGCUCUCAAUUAACAUUGAACGCUGACAGAAAAUGACAGGAAAUGCUGGAGGCUGAAGAGUAAACAAGGGAAAGGGAAACCAGAAAGAUAAGACAAACAUACGAGGAAGCCAGGAGGAAAGCCACAAAAAAUGUGUAGGAAGAAAAAACGGGAAUGAGGAAAAGUGAAACUAACAGAAAUGGAGACUUACCAAGUCAGGGAAAUAUCUGACGAAUGUUCAUGAAGAUAAAAGACUAUAAAAAUGUAUAGCAAGCCAUAUAUCAAAUGUAUUAGAGCCCUUUUCGACAAUGAUUUACGGAAAUAGUUAAGUGCUGGAGUUGUGGGCUGAAAAUUUUGAGUUCAUGCUAAAGGAAGACAAUGGACAAGAUGAAAAUUAUCAACCACUCCCAGACAUUGAGAGAAGCUACAGAAACUAUAGAAGUAAUCGAUCCUAUGGAAAAACCACAAAGCCGCUGGAGAAGACCUCAUCCCUGCAGAAAUUAUGAGAUAUGGAGGAAGAGAACUACACACUCAGAAACAUAAACAUAUAACUAAAAUUUGGCAAGAAUACACAAGUAAGGUUCCAAACGUCAAUGCACAAACUACGGAAGAAUUUCCCUAUUAAAAUGUACAUACAAAAUACUGACAAAACAAGUUGCCAAAAGACUACAACUGUACACUGAACAAAAUAUAGGUGACUACCAAUGCGGAGUCAGACCCAACAGAUUAAAGAUUGAUCAGAUUUUUUACCAUCAGAUGCCUGUUAGAGAAAUGUUACUAAUACACUAGCCCAGUUCAUCAACUCCAUGGGGACUAUAAAAUCUAUGUGGACUAUGACAGCAUCAAAAGAAAUAUCUAGAUGAGACUUUGCAAGGGUUCGGAAUACCAAACAAACUUACAAGACUGACAAAUGUAACAUUAUCAAAAAGCAAAACUUAGGUUCAUGGAGAAUUUGCAUGGGUAUUUCAAAUUAGACGAGGCCUAAGACAAGGAGACUCACUGUCGUGUAUGCUAUUUAACCCAACAUUAGAUAGAGUUAUAAGCAGCGUACAUAUCGACACACGAGGAAAAUAAGCAAGAUACCUUCUGAGGGAGAUAAAAGACACACAACAAAUAGCCACUCUUUUACAAUCAACCCUAUCAAUAUCUUGCAUACGCUGAUGGCAUAGCACUGUUAGGGAAAGUAGUAAGACAUCAAAAGCCGUUAUUGUGCGUGAAGACCCAUUACCAACUACAAGCAGGGCUCGAAGUUAACAAUCAAUAUUUAUCAAGUCAGACAUGGUAAAAUGUUUUUCACCCAAUUGUAUCUUUAAAGUCAUGACUCUGCCUCUUGUAGAAUCUUGCGAAUUUUUCAAUAAAAACUUUAACUUUCGUUUACACUCAAUUCGAAUUAUCUAGCUUCCUAGAGGGCUCAUCAACACUUCCGCUCAGUCUCCUUUUGGCAAUGAAUUUUAUGAAAUUUUAAUUACUCUCUACUUUUCGCGCGUUUUUCUUCAUCUUUGAUGAAAGGUCUAUUUUAAAAAGUAUUUAAUUAUUUUUAAAAGUAUCUAAUUAUUUUACAAAGUAUUUAAUUGUCUUUAAAAAUUUGUUUCUCUUUUAAAUGUGUUUUUGCGUGAUCAAAAUAUAAACCACAAUACAUUUCAAUGUCCUUAUUUGGUGACGUAAAAAUAAUUGUUUGAACUAUUUCAUUUUAAUCUCAUCAGCGCUUUGUGUCAGAUUUUUGACGAAGAGAUUUAUAGGGGAAUAUGACCAAGCCACGGGUAAGUCAAUGUCUCUAAAUGCGGGAUAAAAUAUGGGGAAAUUUAACGCUUACCUUUCAGAAUAGUUUAAGUUGUCAGUAAAAAAAAAAAAAUGUUUUAGUUGUGUGAGAGAAAGAGCUUUAGUUGCUGGAGAGACAGUGCGUUAUUUCUUUUUGAGCAAGUUUUAAGAAGCGGUUCACUGGCUUCUUUAAAAUGAGAAAAUUAUAGAGAUUUUCGAAAAAGCCUGCUUCCGAUCAUUUAAAUCUGUAUGUCUUAUUGUGUAUAGUAUGAAAAAUAUAUCAUUUUUUAAAGUCCGAAUCUCUGUUUUCACAAACCUCAAGAAAAAUAUUUUUCUUUGUUUAAUGUAUAUUUUCUAUUUCCUAUACAGAGAACAAGUACAAGUGUGCGACAACUCUGGAAGGAGAGUCUGUGACCUUUGAACUGCUGGACACUAGAUCUAAUGUAAGUUUAAAGGAAAGAUGCUACAUUUUAUUAGCUGCGUAUGGUUAGGAGCGCAGCUGUGACGUCACAAUAAUCCUAAAUGUCCUUAUUUAUGUAUUUAAUUAUCUCCACCAGAGCGACGACCUGGGAGCCCGCGAUGAUGUGGUACGGUGGGCUGACGGGUUUGUCCUGGUGUACUCUGUGACGUCACGAAAAACGUUUGACGUCUUGGCAGAGCUGAGACGGAAGGUCGAGGACAUGAAGAAAACCAACCACGUGCCGGUGAUACUCGUGGGGAACAAGGCAGAUCUAGCGCACGUGAGGCAGGUCACACAAGAUGAAGGUAAGACUGUGACGGGUCAAGGCCAUUUGGAGACCGAAGAUAACAAUAAGAAUGCUGUAGCUUGUAUUUUGAUCCUAUUAAUUGAUAAGAGCACACUUAAACACAGUGAGGAUGAUGCCGGAUUAACACUUGUGGGGACAACUAGACAGGUACACUACUGCCCCCACCCCCUCCUCCCCAGGAAAACUCUCAUUAUCCUCAUCUUUGAUUUCGAGUCAACCUUUUGUUUAAUUAUCAAUUUCAGAAAUUAAAACGUUUUUUAAAAAUAAUAAUUUUGCUUGCUUAUUCGCUGAGUUUAGUGAAAUUUUGUUUGUGUACUAGCCAAUAUACCCGGCGUUACACGGGUUGCAUUUGGAAAAAAACAAACUUUUACAGCCUGUUAGCUAACAUCGAAAUUAAAGGCCCGGUAAAAAAACAAACAAAUGUAUUUAAAUUCUGUUAACAUUUCACAUUCCCUGAUAGGAUCCCGUUCCUCGAAAGGAACAUGUUCCCAGAAGGGAUCCUGUUUCCCAAUAGGAUCCAGUUCCCUGUGAGUUCACGUUUCUCGAUGGGAUCCUUUCCCUGAAGAUGACCCGUUUUCCAAUGUGAUCCUUUUCCUUGAUAAGAUCAUGUUAUUCUAUGGGAUCCCUUUGCCCGAUGCGACCCAGUUUCACGGUGGGAUCCGUUUGCCAAUGGGAUUCCGUUCCCCGUGUGAUCCCCUUCCCCCACUUGAUCUCGUUCCUGGCGGGACCCCGUUCCCAGUGGAAUCCCAUUUUCCGAUGGGUCCCAUUCGCCGAUGAGAUCAUGUUCCCUUAUGAGAUCCAGUUAUCGGUGGGAUCCAGUUCCCUGUUGGAUCCCGUUCUCCGGUGGGAUCCCGGUCCGUGGUGGAUCCUGUUCCCCGUGAGAUCCCAUUCAUGUUAUGAUCUAUUCUCUGCUGUGAUACUCUUACCAGGUGGGAUCACGUUUUCUCAGUUGGACCCCGUUCCCCGUUAGGGCACUCUACCUAGGUGGGCUCAUGUUCCUGAUGGGAUCCUGUUCACUCAGUAGAUUAGGAAGGGUAUGUUUACCAACUUCGGCCAAGGUCAAUCAAUAACCAUAGAAGUGUAGACCUUAAUCUAAGCCUUAAUAUAUAACCCAGGCCGUAAUAAUGGAUAAUUAAUUUGGAAAUUUCUAGAACCUUUCUUGUGUCCGGGCCACCUGAAAGGCCCUGGGCUCUUAGAACGUUUGGGGCUUCUAAAACGUUUGGAGCCCCUAAAGGGCAAGAGGCUCCCAAAUCCCAGUGUGCCACUUAAAGAGACGGGUACACUAAGAUUGUACAUUAAAGGCCUUUGGGUUAAUCCGGCACUGAGUGUGGAUUACUGAUGUCUGAGGAGUGAGCCUGAAUAAAUAUACAUAGAAUGUAUACUUCUAUGAAGGUUGAUAUUACAAGAAUAGGAUUUAUUUUAAAGAGUGAUGUCAAAGAUUGAUGUCAAAGAUUGAUGUCAAAGAUUGGACAAAUUGAAAGUUAAAGAAGUAUGUCACAUUAAUGUCAAAGUAAUGGCAAUCAUCAGUUUGUUUCUGAAAAAUGAUGGACAUUUUCCAAUGUAUGUGUUUUUUUUUUUUUUUUUUUUUUUUUUUUUUUUUUUUUUUUUUUUUUUUUUUUUUUUUUUUUUAAAAAAUUUUUUUUUAGUUUUCUUUUUGUAUGUUAAAAGAAUUUUCAUGACAUGGAAACACAUCAAAUUACUUUUAUCGAAUUCAUCACAUAUGCGGAACAAUAUGUUUGGAAUCUACACUUGGUACAUCGUUUUGACUAAUACUGGAAAUGGUUUUGAACAGCAUAACUUACGUUUCUAACCAAGAAAAUAGAGCGCUUCCUGCUCUAACCCGUGAGCUACUGUACCAUAAUUGAGAUUUUCUAAAACAUACGUUGUUAUUUCUAUUUUUAAUUUGAAGUUUUUCUCGUUUCUUAUUUUGUUUUGUAUGAUGACGUUGGCUUUUUUAGUCAAAAUAUCUUUUUAAUUGUCCUGACUUUUGAAGACAAAACAUGUCUUUUUAAACUAUUUAGUUGCCUCAAACUGCGGACGACAUAUUUAAGACCACUCAAAACACUAAGCUGUUAGGUAACUUUUAUGCUAACUAGACAAACGUGCGCGCUAAUCAUUUUACAAUAUGGCAAUUCAAUGGAACUAUGGUGAAAUCUUUUUAAAUAUCUAUGUGUGGAACAACAAUUCAGCCUUUAGUGCUAAUAAAACUGAUGGCUGUUAGGGAGUAAAAGCAGACUGGAUAACAACUUUUUAAAUAUGUAUGUGUGGAACAACAAUUCAACCUUUAGUGCUAAUAAAACUGAUGGCUGUUAGGGAGUAAAAGCAGACUGGAUAACAACUUUUUAAAUAUGUAUGUGUGGAACAACAAUUCAACCUUUAGUGCUAAUAAAACUGAUGGCUGUUAGGGAGUAAAAGCAGCCUGGAUAACAACUUUUUAAAUAUGUAUGUGUGGAACAACAAUUCAACCUUUAGUGCUAAUAAAACUGAUGGCUGUUAGGGAGUAAAAGCAGACUGGAUAACAACUUUUUAAAAAGCCAAAUAUCGAAUAAAACGAUCCAUAUUUUAAAAAAUAUAAUUGUUAAAUGUGUAAUGAUUGUACGCGACUCAAAUAUUGUUGUUUUUUUAAUUGUGUGUUAAAAAGGUAGAGAAUCACUGCUCUAUUACAAGGAUGGUCAAGCAAUAAUCUCCGCCUCACAACUUAAAAUAUAUCUGCAAACUCUUGUUUACCAAAACUUAAAAGGGAAAAUAUUAUAAUUAAAUUUCUAAAUCAUCAUUACCUAGAAAUCUAUUCAAGACAAAUUAUAUCGAUUAUUAAAUAGUCCCGAAUCCAUAUUCUAUACAUUACAAUGUCAUGAAAACUACUAUGACGUCAAACAACCUUGAUUUUGAAUGCGGUGAAGGAUGCCGGUUUUACUCUGUUUAAAUGAAGCUUUAAUAAUGUCUCUGCAGGUGCUCGACUGGCCACAGAACUCAGCUGUUCAUUCAUGGAAGUGUCUGCUUCAGAGGACGUCACCAAGGUAACCGAUGCCUUUCACACCUUGUGCAGGGAGAUAAUCGAGUAUAAACGAAGAUCCCGGACAUUUUUAGACAGAGUCUUCGGCCUUAAGAAGUCCUGAGCUGUAAAUCCUGUUUUUGUUACAAUGGUCUGUUUUCUUGUUUGUUUGUUUGUUGUUUUUUUUGUUUUUUGUUUUUUGUUUCUUUGUGUAAAAUAAUACUUAACUUAUUAACAAUUUAGAUAAUGUAAAUAAAGUCAAUUUAGAUAUAAA